CUACAAUAUUAUUAUUAUUGUUGUUAAAACCGCGACUGUGAUCCCGCGAACCGGCACACAUCGAACCGUUUUCGUUUUUUACUUGUUUUUUUUUUUUUUUUUUUUUUUUCAUUUAAUAAACUAAUACAAUUUUUAUUUUCGUUUUUCCUCGGACGUACCGGACGUAUUUAUCAUAUGCGGUUCGAAAAUCGUCCGAAAAAUAACGCGCGUUUUUUUCCCCGUAAAAGAUUAACGGCGUUAAAAGGUUAAAACAUGUACGGUUUUACCGCCUAUAAACUACACACGGUCACUCCGAAUCCAUGUAAGUAUAUUAUAUACGUAUAUUUAAUAAAUAUUUUUAUUGUUUAGGCGUGCAUAAUAAAUCGGUUACGAUUUUUUUUUUUUUUUUAAAUUUUAGUUAUAAUAGGUGCAAUACACGAGUUACAAAAAUGCCAAGGUCUUUCAUUCUAAAUUCGUCUUUAUCUUAUGUUUCUGAAUGUAGGUGUACGCGUGUUUACGUUGGUUUUAAAAUUAAAGUUGAAUUUUCUAAUUACAAAGUUAACGUUCGUUUUAUAUUUAACUCAGUACAAAUAAAAUAAUAUUUAGGGCAGGUGAUUGAUGAGAUAGAUCAUUUUUUGGAUUUUUAGUUUACUAAUCCUAUUAAAGAGUCUAACCUGAAAGAGCUAAUACUCAUUAAAUAAUAAAUAAAUAUAUAUGACAUAUGUAUAAUAUACAUUGUAUAUAGAUAAAAAGUAGCCUGAAUUUGUAAUAAUUUUUUCAAUGGUUAUGGCUGGUUUCGAUUCCGAAAAAUCAUCAAAUCGUUGAGGUAAAAUUAUAUGUGAUGCAUAUUAUAGUACAAUUAGAUAUUUGCAAUAUUCAUUGAUUCAUUACCUAUAUAACAUUCAUUGUAGGUAUACACCAAAAAAUAUUAAAAAAAUUUGAAUUUAAAGCAAAAAACAAUAAUAAUAAAGUAUAUAAUAUUAAUAUACAGGUAUUAAUAAAAUUAUACCGUUCAACGUAAAUUACUAUUAUUUUAUUUUAUUAAUAAAGAAUACAAUGAUUUGGUAACUAUUAAAAAUGUAUAAAAUAACCUUUGUGUUCAAAUCCAAUGAAAAUAUCAGUUUUAACUUUAGUAAAUAUGCCAUGAAUCUAUAGUUAUUGAAUAGAUAUAAACUACUAACUAGACAAUUAUUGGUUGACACUUGAUUAAUGGAAUGGAAAUCAUUAGAAGUUCACAGUAUAACUAUUAGUUUAAACCGAGAUUUAAACUCUGUAUGUAUAAUAUACGUUUAGAAUGAACUAUGAAUCAAUAUAUAUAUAUAUGUAAAUAAAUAAAUAAACUGCGUAAUGAAAAACUAUUUAGGUAUUUACCUAAUACAUUAUGUAAUUUAAUUUUUGUUUACGCUAUUUAUUCUUUUAUUUUUGUUUACGAUAAAAUCUGUUUUCCUCUAUUAAACGAAUUAAAUAAGUGCUAAAUAGUUGUUUUAUUUACAUCACCUGAAACAUAAACUAUAAAUAAUAGAUUACUUUUCUCGUCCGCUCAAUUUUAGAAUUUAGAGUGAUAGUUUGGUAUCCCUACUUAGCGAAAGACCAGUUUAGGCUAGAGAGGACACAGAAAAGGUUUAUUUCAUAUAUUGGUUUUUUACUCAAAAUUGAUCAUUCCCAACAUGAUGACUACUCAACCGUACUUAGAGCACUAAAUAUCCACACACUAUAUCUUCUCGUCGAAUCUAUGCUGAUUUUCGUCUACAGAUGCCCCAGACCUUCUUUUCUCUAUUAAUUUACGCAUCCCGAUUUAUCCCUCAAUGCAUCAUUAUCCCUAUUCACUCCACCUCUUCUGGUCACAAUCAUCCGCUACACACUAUGUUUCGUAGUGCCAAUAACGCCAUUUAGUACAUUCUAAUUUGUUAUCUAAGUAUUUACUUUUUGUUGUCUGGUAUCUGUGUAUAACUCUAUAUUUUAUUGUUUAUUGAAUUUUUUAAUUAAAAUUGUAUACAAAAAUGUUCUUAUUUUGUACUGUUAUCAAUCAACCAACUAAUUAAUGUACGUUUCUAAGAUUGUAUUUCCUUGUAAAUUGUCGUAUAGCGUUAAUAAAUUAAAUAGUACUAAAAUUAUGUUUUCUUCAAUACCCCAAUUUAUCGAUUAAAAUUGAUAAUAUUGAAAUUAGUUAUACAAAAUAAAACUUAUACUAAAUAUAGGUUCAUGCUUUUUUUCAUUUUUUCAUUUCUUUAGUGUAACUUCUAUUACCUUAAUGCUUAGUUAUUUCGUUUCAAACAUUUUACAAGGGUAACAAAAUAUUUUCUUCCCAAUAAUGCUCUUUACUCUAGACUAGCAGACUGUAACCUAUUUGAUGACCUUUUUUUACGCUUUGCUUGUUUUCACUCUCUUAUAGAAGGGUUUUACUACAUUAUAACAAGCCAAAAAAAGGUAAUCAAAUUAGUUUCUUGAGCCACAAAAAAAACUCUGUGGCCUACUGCUUACCGUCCGCUAUACUAUCCAAUCAAAUCGAUAAUAUAUAGUAGAAAAACCUACAUUUUCUGAAAAACAAAUCGUGCCUGAGCAUAGGUAUUUUUAAACAUAAGUAAAUCAAUAAAAGUUAAUUAAAUUAUUAUUAUAUUUUUAACAUUUUAUGAAUUUAAAGUACCAUUAAAUUGAAUUAAAUUUUUUUUUUUCAAAUUCUAGAUAAUAGGUAAUAAGAAGUUUUAAUUUUUUUUUUCAUGAUUUUUUUGUUUCUCUUGAUAAUACGAAUAACAUAAAUUAUAUUAUUUGUAUUAAUUUGGUUCUCUGAGAUAUGGCUGGUCUGCAUCAGCAGGAUCUACAUAGUAAGUUAAUAAAUUAAUAAAUAAAAAUAAAUAAAUUUUAUUACAUAUUCACUUUUAAUGCUCAAUACCUACAGAUACCGAAUCAUAAUUAUUAUUGUCGUUAGCAAAAUAGUUGUGUAUUAAAUUAAUUAAUUCUACUGUUUUGAGAUGACCAAAAGAUUGUUUACGUUUUUGCUUUACCCCGAAAUGUACCAUCUGAUUUAAUAUUAUAAUCUGUGAUAUUUCAAUAAUUUAGCUUAUAUGAAAAAUAAUAAUGCAUUUUAUUAGAAAUGCAUACAAAGUAUAUUUUGUUCAUUCCAAAAACAAAUUAAAUAUAGGUAUUUUAUAGGUGUGCCUAUACAUUUUAAAUUAAUAUUCGAGAUCUGGACUUUGUCAAUAUUUACUAAAUUUAUAUAUUUAGACAAAUGUAUAAAAUAUCAAAAUGAUUUUUAAUUUUUAAUCACAAAAAUAUAAUUUUCCAUGACGAGAAUAAAUUUUAUAAAAACAUAAAUCAUCAAUGUAUAGGUAUAUAAUAUAAUAUACAAACAAUAUUUAGUACGCAUUAUAGUACUAAAUAUUUGGCAUAAAUUGAAAUUUCGAUAAGAGACGCGUGAAUCGAGUGUCCCUAAUGGCUACUGUACUAGAUGUUAUAUUUAGGUACUAUUAAAUUCUGAUUGAUGUGAGAUUAUUGGUUUUACAGCGGCUUCUAUUAUUUAUAAAUAUAAAGCAAAUAUAGCACUUCAGUUUUGUAUUUCAGUUUUUAAAUUGAUUAAAAAUUGUAUCUAUAUGUGUAAAACAGGCAUGUAUAUUCAUGGGAUCUGAACCUCUGCCCCCCCAAAAUUAAGCUUCUCAUCAAAUAAACAGGUAAUACUUUGAUUUUCUACCUGUAACGUUUUAUUUUUUUUUCCCCUUAUAAUAUUGAUAGUUGGUGAUAAAUUUUAUGUUUUCACCCCUACCCCCCAAAAAAAAAAAAAAAUUCUGGCUACGUGUCUAGUGCAAAACCUAAUACGUAACUUCUUAUAUUAUUUUGUGCCAAUCUAGUAAAAAAAAAUUAUUGGUUUGGAAAUAAAUUAAAAUUUUAUCUAAAUGUAUUAAUUCAUAUCAGUAUUUUUUAUUUAUACAUAUUAUAAUGUACCACGCGUACAUGUUUAUGUUACAGUCAAUGUUAAAAAUUGAAUAGUGUCAACUUUUCAUUGAGUAGAACCGACAUUGUGAUUUGUGAUGUCAGUUUUUAAUUUAGAGUACAUUGGUUUAUUAUCAAACUUAAACGUAAAAAGAUGUCUUAGGAUAAUGGGAACGGGUACAGACAAUGUUAUAGAUUAUUUAAUGUAUACCUAUAAGCAACGAUGAACCUUUGAAAAAUCGAUUCUGAGCGGAGUACAGUUGAUAAUGAUGUUUUGUCAAUAAUAUAUGCCAUUUUAUAGUAUAAUUAAAUAGGCUUUAUAUAUUUUCUUUAAUAAUAUUUGUUUAACGUUGUACCAAUUUUCCCAGUUUUCCUACGUUUUUCCCGGUUUUUCAUAUUUUCUGGAAAAACUCUUAGGAAAAUCAAAAAAUUACCUUCUUAAAUUACUUUCCCAGUCAAAUUUCCUUUUAGAAACAUUGCUAUCAUUAUAAGUUGGAGCGAAAUUGCUGGUAGAAAAGUUGUGGAACAACACAGGAAAAAAAAAUCAUAAUAUUAUAGUAAUAUAUUUCGUACAUUUUUCUGUUUUUUUUCCGGUUUCCAAAUUUUAUGAGAAAUCUCUUGAGGAAAUCGAAAAAUUACCUACUUAACGUACCUAUCUACACCGAUUUCUUUUCAAGGUGCUACACUAAGAAAUCCGAGCAAAUUUUCUGGUAAAAAACUUGUUAACAGAUAAAAAAAAACAUCUUUGUAUAACCAUAAGCUUCUUCGCUCCACUCAAAAUAUAAAAUAUUGUCUGUAUUUGUACGUUGUUUUUUUCACUAUUUUAAUUUUUAAGUGACAUACGAAUACAUGUGAAAUAUUACAAUUUAGAAAACAUUGUACUAAAAAUCACUUAAAAUGUAUAAAUCUAAAAAAAAAGCGUACAAAUACAGACGUUGUUCUUAUUAUUAAAUUUGAUAAUAAAUUAAUUUAUUCUAUUUUUAAUUUUAAACUAACAGCACAAAAUCGGUUUAACUGAACGAAAAGUUUACAUUUUCAAAUUUUCAACAAAUAGCCGUAAAAUAUUCUUAUGUAUAUAUAUCUAUUUAAAAUAAAAAUGCUUAAAGUUAGAUAUUUGAGUUACAAUAUUAUAAUAACUGUGAAGUUUAUAGGGUUUAGAUAGUGUUUCAGUUUUUGUUCUACCUAUAGUAAAAUAUUUCAAUUUUAGUACGAGUUUUAUAAGUUUUACAAAGUGUUUAUUUCGAGAAUAACUAUUAUACUUAUUUUCAAAAAUUAUAAUUUAGAAUUACAUGCAUUAUAUUUAAUUAGGUAUUAAAUUUUAAUUCUGAACUUAGGAUAGUUUUUUUUGUAAGCUAUAAUUAUCAUAUCCAAAAUACUUAAAAAUCACAAAAAUUUUAUUGUUAUUUGCUUCUAAAAAAAUUAAAUAGACACGUAAUUGAUAUAUCUUUAAUACCAUCUUCAUUUUAUAUCCAUUAUUUAUACUAAUAUCAUUAGUUUAUUUCAAAAGAAACAUGUAAAUUUAAAACCUAAGUAAUUAAAUAUUUUAACAAUUAUAACUAUUAUAUUACAAUUUUCUAUACCUACCUAAUGACUAUUUAGUGAAGUAAAAUAUGUUUUUUUGGUUAUAAUAUAAAAAAUAUAAAUAAUAAUUAACUACUCAGUAACAAAAAAAAGGAUGAAUAAUAACGAUUAUGAAUAUAGUUCAAAUUUAUAUGACCUCUACAAGGUAUAACUAGGUAUGGCUAUAUAAUAUAUGCAUAUGAACAACUUGACCUUAUAUAUACUUUUAUUUGGUAAACAUCAUUUAAGUGUAUGACUUUUAUAAGAACUUAGAUUGAACAUGUUUUUGUAUACAAAAUUAUUGUAGUUAAGAAAAAUAAUUUAAUUAUAGAUUGCAAUUACUUCAGCAUACAUGCAAAUAUGUUGAUGCUGUGGCAUCAUUUUAUAUCCUAAUCGAAACAUACAUAGAUUAAUAGUGUUUUAGUUUUAAAAAAUGUAUUUAUACAAUAAUAAUAAUACUUUUUGAGGAAAUAAAUACCUAUGGACAGGGAAAAAAUCUUAUGAUUAAUAUUACAUGACUUAUUAUAAUAAAGCAAUAAAAAAAUGUAUUUUGUUGAGAUUUUAUUUAUUAAUAUUAUUUAUGAAUAAAUGAAAUUAUUUAUGACUAAUAGGCAGGUCAAAAUAAAUGUGGAUAGAUAAAAUUGAAAAAAGUUAGUAGAAAUUGAAAUACGAGAUAGAGAAAUAUUGGUAUAGGAUAGGAAUAGAAGCAGGUUUAUGUUGCGUUAAUAGGCAACUAGUUUCCAAAUGAAAAUCGAAAAAAAAACAUAGGAAAUGUAAGAUAGUUAAUGACAUUGAUAGUUUUAAUAUUUUUAAUUUUAUUUCUGAUAGUAAAUCGGUUUAAAAUUAUUAUAGAGAGCUGACAUUUCUACAAAAUACUUAUUUAUAUAAGCCUUUCCUAGACCUGGUAAAAUUUUUAAAAUAUUUUGACGAUUUUAAAUACAUUUUUAAACAUUUCAUAUUUUUUAGUUUUUAUUUAGUAGGUAGAUGAUUGAAAAUUAAACACGAGGUCAUUAUAAACUGUACUGAAUAGUGAAAAAAGAAAAGUUGAGUAUAAUGUAGUAGUGUUUUUGAUUUAAGAUCGUCUAAAAUCAAAUGUUGACGAAAAUCGUUAAUACUAUGGCAUUUAAAACACGUGUAACUGAAUUAGCUUAGAAUAGUAUUUCGUUACUAAUAGUUAAUCGUUGUGAUAGAUAUAAAUUAAAUUAUUUCAUGUAUCUUACCUUCCCAAGUUUCCACUUGCAACAGUGACACACCUAUCAACAGUAUCUGCGCAUUUUUUUUUAAUGGUAUUUCUAUUGCUCCUGUAAUUGCUGAUAAUAUUAUAUUUUUGAGAAGUAAAAAGUUAGAUAGUUAAACUAAUUUUAUAAAAAUUAUUUUUAUAAUUUCUAUGUAUUGAUAAUAAACAAAUUAUUAAGUUAAAUAAUUAAAUAUUAUCAAUUAUUCUUUCAUAUUUGUAGUUAAAAAUGAUUUUAUAUUAAUUUUAAGUACCCAUGUUUGAAUGGAAAUUCAUUUAACAUAAUAAAAUGUCAAAUUUAUUAAAAUACAUUUGUUUUAAUCUAAAAAUAAUUUUUAUUUCAACACUUUAAUUGAAUUCAUUUUUAAGAUGUAUCUAUCUCAUAUAAAUAUCCGAAAAACCGAUUGUGACAUUUGAUUGUUAUUUCUUCUCAUAUUUGUAUUAAGGAAUCAUCCUUUUAUUUCUUUUUGUCUAUCUUCAUUUAGUACUAAUAAUAAAUUUAAUAAUAUUAAAUCAAUUUCAGUUUUGACGAAGUUUUCUUAAAUAAAAUGUGUAUGUAUAACUAUAAGUUACGACUGACAUCGUAAGUCCCGUUUUACAUUUUGACUGUGAUAUACCUGAUAAUGAAUUUGCAAUGCAUUUAUUCAUUUAUUGUUUUUUUUAUUUUAGAUUUCGAGCGUAGCGAAGGAGCUAUGGGUUUUACAAUGCUGUUUAUUUAUUUUUCUUCUUCUUUUUUUCUUUGUUCUAGUUUGUGGCCACGUUUUUAUCUAGUAAACUUCUUUCGAUUUUUAUGUGUAGCAACUUUCCUGAAGGCUCAAGUUGUCUAGAUUGUAGUUUAGAGAGGUCAUUAAGAGGAAAACGUACAAUUUCACGAUUUCGUUAUUUUAUAAAAACGACGUUUUCUACCAGAACAAAUGAUUUAAUCGAAAAAUCACAAGAUACCUUUUUUGUUGCCUUUUUGAUUUACUUUCUUACGGUAUGAUUUUGAUCCACUUUUGAGAUUUUAAAGAAUUACAAUUUUUUAGAGUUGUUUUUCUGUAAUUCAGUUAUAAACGUAGAUACUUGAAACUUGGUAAUAAUACUUAUAUUGGACUUAGACGUGGUAAAAGUUUUAAAAUCAUCGAAUGACUGUUUUUUUUUAAUAAGCGUUUUGAAAUAAAAUUUAAACGAAAAUCAUAAAAAAAAUUAUGAAAAUUCAAAUUAUGCAUUAUCGAAAUGCGCUCGGAAUUGUCUUUCAUCAAGCAAUAGUGUUCUCGUUGAUUACAGAUAUAAAUGAAAUAAUCUUAUGUAUCCUACGUUCCCAACUUCUAACCUACAACAGUAGCCGUUCCUAUUCCUAGUAUCAGUUCUUUUUUUUUAUAUAUACACAGUUUUUAUUUAUGUAUUUAUUUACUAUAAUUAUUAUUUAUUUUUGAAUAUAUAAUAUUUAAAUUAAGUACAUUAUUUAUAAUUUUAUUUCAAGUAUAAUUUAUUAAAUAAUAUUUUUGACUUAAAUUUUCUUUAGUUUAGAUUUUUUAAAGAAAUUAUUGGUAUUAUUAGAAAAAAGAAAUAAAGAAUUUUUCUCUUAUUUUGUCCUUGUUGGAAAUUGAGCUAGUUCAUGGUUUUUAUGUGGAGCCAAGGUUAUUCAUUUUGAUUGGAAAUACAUAAACUAAUAAAAUCAAUUUCAUUAAUUUUUAAUUUCACAUCUUUGAUAGAUUUUUAAUGGCUGCUUUAUUUGUAUACGAAAACAAUUUUUUUUUAAAUUAAAUUUUAGUUUUUCACCUUUAUAAGGUAAAUAUAGGUCUGCUGAUAAAAUAUUUUUGAUUAGUACUUUUGACAGUACCUAUAUAGAAUGUAUACAAAAUAUGAAAUACUUAUAGGUACCAAUUAGUUAUACUUAUUGAUUUAUCAUUUUAAUGGCUAAUUGAAGCAAUUUCGUAGUUGGAAAGUCACUUAGGUAUAAUUAUUUAUACAGAAUAAAAUCAGUUCAUAAUUAUAACUAAUAUCUAAAGAUAAGUUUUUUUUAAUAAUAUUUAAGUUAAAUAUAAAAAAAAACCGUGUAUUCUUUUCGUUCGUAUGAUCCUGGUUAUUUAGGAUGAAGACCUAGGAGCACAUAUUACAUUUAGUGUGAAGUAGAUAUUAUAUUAUAUAGAAAGUGGCAUUGAUUUAUGUGUGAUUUGUGAAUCGGACUAGACACUCUGCUCCUUUUACAUUAUUGUCAUCUUGACUUGAAUGCAUUUAUCUAUAUAUGUGUCCAAACAUACAAUGUCCUAUCAUUUUAGUUUACUAAUGUGUUUCAGGUCGGUCGACCGAUACUGGACGAAGGCCAUCUGCCACUGUUCAUUUUAAUCAGAAAAUCCCAUUCAAUAGCGUCACAGACCAUACGUACAAAUCAAAAGAUGUAAGUCAAUUAUUAGUUACGAGUUAAAUUAUUGAUUGCGUAGAUAAAUGUUAAGAAUUAAAUAAGCUAUAGUGUUUCUUUAACUUUCCCUUGUUCAGUAUAAUUUGUACAUACAAUUAUACAUUUAGUCCUCAAAUAUUGUUUACUAGGAACUAAUAGAAUUGAAUACAUUUUCAUCUUAUAAUGUUUAGUUUUGGUUGGUUAUUUCUUUUUAAGUUUAUACUGACAAUUCAAUACUAUAGGUAUUUUUUCUAAAGUAUCAUUUGUGUACAACCUAAAUAUAUAAUACGCUGCCGUACUAGGUUAAUUUAAUUAUGUUUAGAUAGUUAGCCAAUUAUCAAAAAUAAUUAAUUAAACGACUGUUUUGUGCUUUUAUUUUAAGAGUAUAAAAACUGUGAAGGUACAUUUAAUUUUUAAUUAUACAUAACAUACAAAUUGUAUACCUAUCUAUAAUAUAUUUUUAGUACCUAAAUUAUUAUAUAGGUGUAUGAGACAAUGUAUGUCUGGUUGCAGUGGCACAACAAAGGGGCCCACAGUGGGCCAAAAUGUAAAAUAAUAGGACAAAAAUAAAAUGAUUAUUCAAUGUUAUUAGGUAGGUACAAUAUUGACGCAUGUAUGAGUCAAUAAAGUAUUUGUAAAAAUAACACAAACACCACGUUUAUUCUGUGUGAAAGACACGAAAUCGUUCCAUGAGUAUACCAAAUUUUAUAAUACAAUAUUACGUUCAAAACAAAAUUUUUUUCGAAGUAAUUUGUAUUAUAGUUUAUCAUGAAUUCUACAUAGAUAAUUAGUUCAGGUAAUGAAUAAAUAUAUAUUUUUAGAGAAUUAUACAUGUAUGUAAAUAUUUAUAACUAGAAUAAUCUAUAGUAUCAACACUAAAUUAAUUAAUCCAAUUUUACAUUUUUCCAAUUUAUUUUGAGAUUUAUAAAAAAAAUCCCGAUGCUUCCUGACAUUUUUUUUUUUUUUUUGCUAUAUUUUUGCAAAACUUGUAUGGAAUUAUAUUCAUGUGGUAUUGUGUGCCAAUAACUGUAUAUUUAAAUCUUGUAUAAAUUUAAGUAGGUAAAAUAUUAUUAUUUAUAUUUUAGGUAAAAUUUUACUUCGAGAAUUGUAUGAAUUGGUUUUACUUCCUUGUAGGGAAAAUGAAAGUCAAAUAAAAAAUGGGCAUAUUGAAUAUAUUUUACGCAAAUAUAACAUACUGAAAGCUACAAAUGAAUUGCGAAAAUCAAUUGAUAUAGUUUUUAUUCUUCAAAAAUGACAUAAGGCAAAUCGAAUUUUUACAAUUUUUGAAAAUAAAUUUAGUUCAUAGUUAAAUGUAGAACUCAAACUUUAUGUUCGGUUUUAAAUGAAACAUCAGUUGUUCAAGGAUUGAAUAAAAAAUUUCCUAAAACUAGUAGAAAAAACAGAAGACAAAAAAAUAAAACAUUUAACAAAAUCUGAUGAACUAGCUUUUGCAACUUUUCUAUAAUUCUAUUAUUUUAACAAUUUUAUAGAAUUAUCCGUAAAAAUACUGACCAAUCAGUAGCUGUUUAAUCAAUAACGAAAAUAUAAGAAGACACAGGAUUCUUGAUGACUUUCGUAUAUUCAGUUCCCUGUAACUAAACACCAUAAAAGUUUUACUCAACAAUCUUCUUAUAGCAUCCAAUCCAUUGAUAUAUUCCUUAAAGAAAUCUCAUAAUUAAUAGUUGAAAAAACUUUUACUAAAGUCAAAAUUACUUUUGGCAUAAUGUAUUGAAGAGGGUAAAACCCAAAAUGAUAAACAAGAUUACGAAUCAGUGAUACUAAAAAUGGUAACAAUAGUAGUAAUACAAAUUCAAAUUAAAAAUAAAAUGUUUACUUAUGAAGUAUUGUAUACCUAUUAUACCUAUUAAGUAAAAUAGUAAUUAAAUAAUAAUAAUACAUUUAUUAAUAAUUUUAAGUUGUUUAAUAUUUUCGUCUCAUUAUUUUAUGUCGUAUAAAAUUGUAGUACGUAUAUAUCAGAUUUUCCUUUAGUUGAAAUGUCUAUGUUUAAUCAAGUAUGAACUUCUCUUUAAAAACAUUUUUGUUGCGCCAUUGCUGGUUGUGGUUUAUAGACUCGAAAGCUAAUUGACCUAUUUUGCUGAAAAUUUCACGGUUUGUUCUUAUUAGUUCCAGAAGUGUUUAGAGACUUUAAUGGAAAAUUCAACCCCAAAGUGGAAUUCACUCAGGAAAUUUGUCUUUAAAAAACGAAAAUUGCAAUUUGUUUUAUUUGUUUUCGGUAAUCAUUGGUUACUCGGGGAGACACUUUUUUAUUUUUAGAUUUCGAGCGUAGCGAGAUUUAUAAUAUUUAUAUUAUAUAUGUGUUUGUGUGUAUGUUUUUCAUGUAUAUAUAUAUAAAAUAAAUAUAAACAAACUUAAUAAACGAUCAGGAACGGCAAUAGAUGUCAUGAGAGCACGACCAAAAUUUUGUGGGUCACUUAAAUGUAUGACUAGGAGAGCUUCAUUUAAAAAGAUAUCAACUAAGGGUCAGUCCUACAUUAUUUUACAAAAAUCACUUUAUUAAUAAAUAAUAUAGUUCGGCAUAUAUAGCAUACAUAGGAACUUGUUUAUAGGUACCUAGGUACCUAUAAAUGUAAUGUAUAGAUAUUUUGUAGUCUAUUGGUAAACCAGAAUUUUGGUAAACAUUUGUUUAUAUUAAUUGUUCCAAUGAAAAAUUAAAUUAAUAAAAAAUAAUGUUAGAAUUUAUUACAUUAUUAUUAUAGGGUAAUAAUAUUCGGGAAUAUUGGUAAAUUGCAAACUUGCAUAAUAAUAUUAUAUUUGAGUUAAAAAAACAUAGUUUAAAAAUAAUAUUUAAUUUUAAUUUUAAUUAUUAAUAUAUACAUUUUAUUAUAUUUUUCUGAUGUGAAGGUUGGAACUGUUUUUUUGGUUUUACUUACAAUAGAUUUAAAAUAUAAUAUAUAAAUAGGUUUACCAUUUGAAAUCUGAAUUCGUAAUCCAUUCUACUUUUAUACUUAUUUUUGGUGUAAGCUUAAUCGGAAACAUCAGCCUUGAAACGAUCAUAAACGAUAAAGUAUCUUACUCUAUAUAUCUCUAAUAUAUCACCUUCUCCUAUUAGUUAUAUAUAAAUAUUCGUCUUUAAGUCCAAUACAAAAUUCAUUUAAAGAUACAGAUUCAAAUUUAUAUUUUAAUGAUGAUGAACUUUGAAGUUCGAUAUGGUUUUCAUGUUCAUUCAAUUAAUAACUACUUGUAUAGAUUUCUAAUGAAGGAAUUGCUAUUUAUGAAGAACUUUAACAAUAAUAUCAUUAUUUGAAGUCACAAAAAUAUUUUGUGGUAAUAGUAUAAAUAUAUGUAUACUCAUAACCAAAUACAAAAAUUCGUAAGGUAGAUCGGUCUUCCUCCUUGGGAAUUUCGUUACCGCUUUAUGUUAUAGCUUAUAAUCUAAUAUUUAAGACAUUAUACUCCAUAAUUUCUGUGGAUUUUAAUUUUUUUCUCCUCCCUCAUAACAUAUCCAUCGCUGCGCGGAACCCUUGUGAUUAAUCCAGGGUACUCUGAGGUUCCAUGGAACACACUUCGGAAUCACUGAUUUAAGGUACCUACUUACAACAGUUUUCCAAAUUGUUUUCAUGACUUAAUAACAUGUAAUAUAUAUUAAAUUACUGGGUAUAUAUUUAUAUUUUAAAUAAAUUAAGUACAUAUUAAAUAUGUACUUAACAUUUUUUAAAUGAUAAUUUAAUUUAAUUUAUAAUUAUUUUUGAUUUUAAGUAACAUUUAAAAGAUUAAAUAACCAUAUUUAAAUAAAUUUAAUAUUCAAACUUUAACCAUAAUUCAUAAAUAAAAUUAUUGUAUUUAUUUACUUUUGCUAAAAUUUUUGGUAAAUAUACAUUGCUUUUAAUAGAACUUGUAUUUAGGUUAUUAUAGACAAAUUAUUCGGUACCUAGAUAUUAGUUUUUACAUGAAUAAAUGUGCAUUGUGCAUUAUUCAUUUUUUUUUUAAAUAAAAAAAAAAUGAAUUUGUUUUGUGUGAAAAGAAUUGUAAUGCAAUUUAUGUAACGAAAAUGUCAAAAUACAUAUGACCUUUUAUAUAACAUUCUCUCUCUCCAGAGGACUGUUUAUAUACGUGCCCUUUGGGUAUCUUGUGAUUUUGUCUUUUAUCCCCGAAUUUAUCAUCAAGUGUUUUGGGUGUCCUCUAUCAAAAAUUAUUCCCUAGGGCUGGAUAAAAAAUUGUCUUGCUAUGACCUCUGUAAAACCAACAAACUUAACUUGGGAUGAUUUUCUGUGAGUUGUUUAUUGACCUAAAGGGGGAAGAAAAAUCAUGUCGUAAAUAUCUAACAACUUCUCUAGUCCUGUUCUCGAUAUUUAUGACCAUAUUGAUAUUGAAGUUGAAGUCUAGUAAAAUGUAUAAUCUAAUUGACACUAUGAGAUAUUUAUGAACAUCUACUAACAUAAAAUGUAAACUAUUUUGUAUUUUCAAUAAACUUUUUUAGGAUAUUAUAACUUAUUAAAUAUAUUUUUGUUAUUAAACAUAUGUUUAAUUGUUAUUUUUAACUGCUAUGAUUUAUUAAAGAAUAAGACGGAUAAUAUUUAAAAUAUUUAUAAAUAUUAUUGAGUGAUUUUAGCUGAAAAUUCGAUUUUAAAAGUUGUUUAUCAUCAUACAUCAAUGAUAAUCAUUUUAAUUAAUCUUGGAUAUUUUAUGUUAAAUUGCCUAUCAUUUACCAAAAAGAAGUUUAAAUAUUUACUAAGAGUGAACAUUUCAAUUAAAAUAUAUAGUUAUGUAUUAUAUUAAUUACCUAAUAUAAUAUAUUUGUAUUAUUUAUAUAAUAUUAUGUAUUUGAAUCCAAGCAAUUCAUCAUCUAAUAUUAAUGUUUUGUUUAUGUCAAGACAUUGAGUUAUUUAUUUGUUAUAUAAAACUAUAUAUAUAUAGCAAUGGCAUAUCUGAAACAUAUCUUAGGACGGUUAGUUUGAUUUUAUAAAAUACGAGUGGACUUAUUUAUUUAUUGGUACAAAUCACUAUUCUUCAAUCUUAAUACAAAGCUCAAGGAGACAACCAUUUUCCUUUCUUUUUGGUAUCUAUAGAGGCUAAAAAUACAAUUAUGAAUUUAAAAUUCGUAUAUUAAAUAUCAAUUUUAAAAUCACGACAUUUUAAUGAAUGUAUUUUAUUAUAUAAAAUAAGACUUUUUUUUUUUUUGAAAUUGUAAUGAACAAAACAAAAAUAAAUAUUUUUGCCAAUUAUAAAAACACUGAAACGGUUUUUAAAAAAUUCGAACUCGAUCAAUAGUAUCAAAGUUCCAUUCUCAUAUUUAAGGACUGAAGUAGAAAAAAACGGACAUACUUGGCAUGUGGGAAGUUGUAGGUGAGAGUUGGGAAAGUACAGCCGAAAUUUAAUGCAACGAUAACCAUUGCUAUCUAACUUAUCCAAUUCUAAGCAUAAUUUGAUAAAUAAUGUUGCUUUGUCAACAAUAUAUAAGUUAUCUUAUUGUAAUAUAAUUUACAUAUACUUUAUAUAUUUUUUUAAUAAUAUUUGUUUAAUAUUGUACCUAUUUUCCCAUUUUCCUACGUUUUUUUCUUGGUUUUUCCCCGAUUUUUCCAUUUAUUUUGAUAAGUCCUGUGAAAAUUAAAAAAUGACCUUUCUAAAGUACCAUCCCAAUCAGAUUUCCUUUCAGAAAAAUGCUAUAAUUGAAAAUUGGAGCGAAAUUGCUGGUAGAAAAGUUGUUUAUAGGAAAAAGAAAAGGUCGUAAUACUUUUUUACUAAUACCUACAUUUUGUACAUUUUACCAUUUUUGCUCAGUUAUUUUCUCAGUUUUUCCCAAUGUUUCCUCCAAAAAAUAUCAUUGUAAAACUUUCCUCCAUCUGCUUAGAAUCUAAAAAUUAUCUUAUCGCUAUUCUUAAAAUUUGGAAAAAACGAAACACGAUAAAAAAAUAUAGGUACCUACCAAAUAAAUUAAACCUAUUCAACUACAAUAUAUAAGGUACUUAAUUUUAGUUUAUUAUAGUCUAUUUGUUACAUUUUAGUCUUAUAUAUUUAUACUAGGUAUCAUUUAUUUUUGAUAUAGAGGUAGGUAUUUAUAUUAUUUAAUUCAAUUACAUCAUUCAUUACACAAAGCGCGAUGUCAAAUUAAUAUAAAUAUAAAAUAUAAUAAAAACUACUGUCUGGUUACUAUAGAAAUAUCUUACAUUCAAUUAAAAUUAAUUCUUUAUUUUUUUUAUUUGUUUCAAGUACUUGGGAUUAUUUUACACUUGUAUACUUAUACUUAAUAUAUUAUUUUCAUUAUUUUGCUCAUAGAAACAUUUAGUUUCACAAUAAUAUUAUAAAAUUCAUUUUUUGUUUCUCAAAACACUCUUUGUUGACAUAUAGCACAUGUACUCUAAACGUUUUAUAAAAUUAUUUUAUGGAUAAUAAUAUCUAUUGUAGGUAGAACCACAUAAAAGAGUUGGUUUUUGUAUUUUUAUUAUUUCUAAUUUCAAUUCCCUGGAAGUUAAAAGGUUUGUAAUAUAUAUUCGCAUAAAUCAUAUAAAUCAUGUUAUAUUUAAUAACGUAUAAAUAAAUACCUACCAGAAUUUUGGGAAUAUCAAUCAUCCAUCAUAUUGCUCCUCCAUUACAUUUCUGGUAAACUAUUCUUGAAAUUUUACAUUCCUCUAAAAAAAACUUUUUUUUAAUAGGCAUGCGUUUUUUUUCUAUCUAUUACCGCGAUUUCGACUAAAAGAUUUGCUUCAAUCAUCACUAUAAAAGUUGGGCAUUUGACAAUAGUUUUUUAUUUAAUUGGUGUUGGUGUAUAUAAUAUCCCCGUGUAUAAUAAAUACACCAUUUUUUUAAAAGUCUAAUAAUAUACAAUUUUACUUAAUACUUAUGAUUAAAUAAUAAAAAUAAUGUUGAUAAAAUGAUCUUCGAUUUAUAUGUAGAAAUUUGAUUCCUCAUUUUAAAAAUAAAUAAACAAAAUAUGUUCUUUUAUUGUGAAAACAUAAAUAUGGAGAAUUAUGUACGAGUAUCUAUAGGUUAAUUGUGUUGGAAAUGUGUGGUGGGGAGGGUGAUUAAGAUAGUUUUUCAAAGAAUAUGCGCCCCAAUAUAAGCAUUUAAAGUUUAAAUUUUUAUGAAAAUCGUAACAAUCGCAACAUUUCAAAACAUUUUUAAGCUAACUUUUUUUCUGAAUCGUUUUUCGUUAGCAACAAUUAAUCACUUGAAAUACUCUAAAACGUUUAUGAACGUAUUAUUAUUAUAACAAAGAUUAUAAUUUUCCAUUCAAAACACAUUCGCCAGAAUAAUCGGUUAAUUUAGAGUUAUUUUUAUUCGUCCAAAUGAAUAAUUAUUAUUGCUAGUCUAGUGUUUAUUCGCGUAGCAUUCAUUUUUGCGCGUUUUAGUUAAUAUCGUGUUUAUCGCCACGCCGUGAUGUCAUCAAAUUAUUAAAAUAUGAAAUGAAAUUACGAAAUUUUUUUGUUCAUUUUAAACACGAAAGUCCUCGGACGUCAUGAAGCCUAUCCUAAGCCUAUGCCCAUUUGUAUGGAUUAUUAUUAUUUUUUCACGAAUAUUUUAAAAUCAUUUUGAGGUAUUAUGCAAAAUAAAAAUUAAUAUAAUUUUCAAUUUUAAUUUAUCAACAAAUGUUUUAACUACCUCCAUUCGAAACUGAAUUUCGUUGCAAUUAUUUAUCACUACAUGCAGAAUUUAGACUAAUAUGUGAAUCGCAAAAUGGGCAAAAAUAAAUAUCCAAAUUUUAAAAUUUUUUCAAGAAAAACAAACUUAUAAAUAUUCCAGUGGUAUAUUUAGAGCUUUAUCAAGGGAGGGGAUGGUUUAAAUAUUAUGUUUCCUCUGUAAACCGAUGUAAGACCACUGCUUAGACAUCCACAUCAAUAUCCCAAUGUAUUAUAGACAAAAAUUGUCCUAUAAUAGUAAUACUACUUUUUGGUAACGUUGAUAAAAAUACUCAAGAAAUGAUAAACAUCACGGGUAUAAAUACUAUACGUUUUUAUUAUCUAUAGGCUAUAACGGUGAUCGAAAAUGACGUCCUAGGAUAACGGGGACGGGUGCAGUCACUGUUGUAGAUAAUUUAAUGUAUAUUUGUACCUAAGCAACGAUAAACAAUUGCUUACAAAAAUAUGAUUCUGAGCAGAGUUCAGUUGAUAAUGAUUCUUUAUCAACAUUAUAUAUAGCUUAAUAUAUUUUCUUUAAAAAAAUUUGUUUGUUUGAUUUUUGUACGGACUUUUUUAAUGUUUUUUUUUUUUUGUGAAUUUUAAGUGAAACGAGUUUGGAGCCCACAGUUAUUUUUAUAAUUAUUUGCUCUCCCUUGUUAUUGAUACUCUCAUCCUCUUCGUUAAAACACCACUGUGUAUAGGAAAGAAAAAGUCUUCCCUUAAAAAUUGAUGAAAAAUGUUUAAAAAAAAAAGGUGUAUUUAUAAUAUUUGUUUUGUUUUUUAUUGUAUCGUAUAAAGUAUAUUAUAAACGUUUAGAGUUUUUGACCUUCAACGAAGUUAACUACCACCAUAAACUGUCGCUGUCAGAGCGAUAUGGUCGGUGUCGAAAUGUUCAUUAUCCUAUUAUGCUGGUACCCUCUACUUUUCUUCUGUAUGCUAACUUCCCCUUCUCCCAGGUUUCUUUUAUAAAUCGAUUCGCGUCAAUCAUUAUUGACCUAUAAGCCUUGAAUAAAAUAACGCCACUGCGAAUAAAUGGUCUUACCUAUUAUCAAUUUUAACGGUGUUAGUAAAACAACGUUUCAGAUUAUUGAUGACAUAGAUACCUAUGCUUUGUCAUUGAUUAUAAAUAUGUACAAUCAAUGGUGUUAUGUAGGUAUCCGUCUGCAUUAACAAUACCAAUGUAUCUAUAUCUAUAACAGUUUAUAUUGCAUGUGUACAAUAUAAAAUAGAUCAAUAAUAUUAGGUUAUACAUAUUGUUAACUUAUCAUUUUUUAUGUAUUUAUAAUUUUAAAUUUAUAUUGUAAAAUAAUUACACCAAUUAAGUUUGAGGUAAGAAUUUAUACAUAUAUGAAAAUGUUUUAAAUUUAAAUGAUACCUACCUAUUUAAUGAGUUAAUACUAAAUUUAAUAAUAUUUAAAGAUGAUGAAUGUGUAAUUAUAAGAGCCCAGGCUUUAUUACUCCAUUCACAUAAUAAAUAAUUCUGUAGGUUGUUCAGUUAAUUCAACUUUAUGAAUAAAUUAAUUUUAUUUCUAUGAAAUAAAAUUAUAGUUUAUAUUAUUUAUGAACAUUUUUGUUAGAUUAGUUGGAAAAUGUUUGCCUACUUUAUUUUGAAAUUUUCAAUCAUUUUUCAAAAACAAUAACUGUACUUUAUGGUUUUUUUUUUUUUAAACAAUUUCGUUGAGUGAAAUACUCCAAUCAUUUCACACACAACUUCAAAAAUGCUGAAUUUUCACUCGGUGGUACUUUACUAUACAUAUUUAUUGUGCCAUCGAUUUUUAAAUUAUCAUAAGCAUUUAAAAUUUAAAUUAUAUAUAUUUUAAAUAGGUACUAUUAAUUGAUUAAUCAAUGUAAGUACCUACUAAAAGCAGCCUUGGAUUUAUUCAUGAAUUUAUUAUAUUUUUCAAUACCGCACAAAUUCUGUAAAAACUCUAGUCUGCUGUUUUUGGAUUAUAUUUAAUAGGUGUUGUUAUAAAUUAAAUUUGAUAGAGAAUCUCUUAAGUAAAAUUGUCCUACAUAAAAUUUAUCUUAUAAAUUAAAUUUAUAAUAAUUUGUACAACGUAAAUAAAAUUGUAAUUAAAUGAUAAAUGUAUGUAAACAGAAUGUCUAGAAAGUUUGAAAAUGUUUUUAUAUUCAUAAAGAGAAUAAACGCUUCUAAACUUUCUAGACAAGCUGUAUAUUAAAUAUAUAUUACUUUAUGUUUACAUGAUAGGAUUUUUGGAAAUCAUCUUUAGAAUUUAUGAAAUCAAGAGUUGGUUGGGUACUGGGAUCAUAGGUCUAUCAUAUGUUAUAGUACAUGGAACAUAGGGCAUAUGGAUUUAAGAACAUGGUUAUAGGUAUGAGCAGUUAACGUUCAUACUAUGGGCCAGUAGCGUAAUUUGAUGAUGUUUGUUGGGAGGAAUGAAAUGCUUUUACAUUUUACCUAUUCCCCUCCCCUCCCAAAAAAAAAAAAUUGUAUUUAUCAUAAGCACCUUUUAGUGCAAUAAAUGUAUGUACGCAUGUGUCAUGUAAUAAUGAAGAUUUUUAAGAAGGCCAUAUCUCGUCACGUAUCGGUUUUUUGUAGUGACACGUAUCAAAAAAAAACCCGGUACACAUCGAAACGUAUAGAAAUUUCGAUAUUCAAUGAGAACGUUGCGAUUAUGAUCAUAUAAUUACUGGUUUUUAUCAAUAUAACUGAUAACUGUUGACUGAUUACAUAUAUUACCUAUGUAAUUUUGAAAAUAUUAAUAUAAUAUAAUAAUAUUAAUUCAUUCAUAUUUUAAUUUUAAUUUUCUUGUUUUAUGUUUUGCGAUAAUUUUAAAAUUCAUAAUAGAAUUGAUUUUUUUUUGAAUUGAUGCUACAUAAAAAACAAUUUAACCAUAUUUAUGACAGCAAUAAAAGGACUAGAAAUGGUUAGUAUAGAACAUUUCAACUUAGUCAGUGUCUAUGCACAGGGUAUUAUAAUGCUAAUACUAUUUACAUUCCAUUACAAUUACAGUUUAAUUUAUGUCUUGUACUUACAUAAACGUUAAUUGUUUCAUCCUUGCUGAAAAGCGGUUCCAUAAUCAAGCAAUGAAAUAUUAAUAAAGUAAAAAUAAGUUAAAUGAAAAAAUAUACUCAUUCAUUAUUUUUCUAAUAGCAAUUAACAAAUAACUUUUAAGAUUAAAAUUAAUUUCUAUAUUGGACCUAAUAUUAAUAUUUACAAUAUAAUACAUACUAAUAUAUGCAAUCUAAAUUUAAAUACAUGAACAAAUAUUAUAAUUUUCCGCUCAAUUAUAAAUGAUACUGACGAACCGUCGCACCAUAAGCCACGUAUCGACAUUAAAUUCCGAUACGAAUAGAUACAUAUCACAAUUGUAUCCUUUUAAUGUAGUGUAAACUUCUUGAACACUCGAGUACGAUUCCGGAACACAUCGGAACGAUUGAUACGUAUUAGUUUUUUCCUUGAAAAUCAUCUUAUUUUUUUUCUAAAUUGCCUAAUGUCAUUUUUUUUAUUUAAACGAUAGAGAAAUCUUUAUAAAUAUAAAUCAAUAGAAGUAUUUAUACAUACAAUGCAAUAUAUAUACAUACAUAAAACUCAGGUGGGGUUUUACUUCUAGUGAAGCAGUCCCAUUCUUAAUCUAAUAAUUAGUCAAAUGGUUUCAGUCGUUUGUUGAGUCGUCUGUUGUCCUGCGAGUUGUCAAGGAAUUGUAUGGCAUCCGUAUUUGUGUGGAGCUUCAGUCUUCUUGCAUGUUUGCGAGCAAACCGGGUAAUUUCCUGCACGGAUGACAUUUUCAAAUCACGGUGGAUGAUGUCGUUCUUAUCAUACCGAUAUACUGCGACAAUGAUACGAAGAGCGAUACUCUGGCAUCGUUGUAUUAUUUCAAUAUUGGAAUUACUGGCACAACCCCACAGUUGAAUACCAAAAAUCAAAAUCGGUUUAACAAUCGAUACAUACAAGAGACAAAUAUUAUCUUGAAUGUGUAUAAUAUUGUUAUAGUCUUUAGAUAAAAUAAUCAUAUGAGCGUCGUCGAUCCGCGAUAAAAUAAUACUUGACCGAUCGUUGGUUUAUUUUUGCACCACUACCAUAAUACAAUAUAUAGGUAUACUAGCUGAAUUACCCGGCGUUGCCCGGAAACAAAUUCGUCACAAAUUAGAUAACGCCAUGUAUUACCAUUUACCGUCUUAAAUUCAUAAUUAUCGAUAAUAUACAUAAUAACCUAAUAUUACUCCCCUAAAACGCAACAUUUUUGAAAAUCCUUUCUUAUUGCACGAUGAAAAUAUGAGAAGAACCUCUAUUCCAAAUUNAUGCCUAAAACCUGCUCCGUGAUAUUCUCUUUCAUUUAAAAAAAACUGCAUGACAAUUGGAUAAGAAGUUUCGAAGCCAAACCGUAACAAAGAUUUCCUCUUUUGCUUGUUUCAGUUUUAUAUAUAUAGAUUUGUGCAAUACUGCAAUAGUAAUACUUAUGGUGCCCUGUUAUAGUGAAAGGCAGUGUAUACAAAAAUGUAAAUGUUGGGAAAAUGGGUUUAUCUUCUUUUUUUUUUUUUGCUCGUUAACAAUAUUAUUCAAUAAUGUUUUUAUUAUUAUUUGUAGUUAAUUACCUCAGAAAUCGUUCUAGAUAAUUUUAUUUUUCCUAAAUCACAUGUUUAUAGUUUAUACCUUUGUCAAGAUUAAGUAGAUACUGCAUUUGUGAUAGUCAAAAAUUAUUACAACUACAAAUUAAAAAAGCAGUAGCAACCAAUUCAAUCAUACAUAUAUUUUUUCUUUUUUUUUUUAAACAUAACAAGUUAUAAACAUAAUUUAACUACGUAUGUAUUCAAUUAAUAAAAAAUCACUUUUUUUAAAUUAAAGUUUUAUUCUUUGGAACCUAAAUAGUUAUGAAUUAAAAUAAUCAGCAAACAAAGUAUAAACUGAUUAAUGAAUCAUAACUUAGUCUGUGUUAGUGAUGGGAACAAUCUAGAGAAAUUACUCGAUAUACUCAAUGGUUAGAUUUACUCGAUUAUUUCGAUUGUUUUGAAAAUUCUCGAGUGAUUCUCUCGGUAUCGAAAUCAACUGAAGUUGAGUGAUAAAUUAAUCGGCGAGUGAUGAUCACGAUAUUAAAUCGACUGAUGUCUUUACCUAAAACAUAAAACAAUUGAAUGAAAAUUAGUAAUGUUAGUUGUUGUAACACACACAGUACACAUUAUUAAAUUUCUUUUCUAAAAUGUUUAAUAGGUAAUAAUAAUUAAUUGAAGAGUUAAUUGUCAAGCCUCUAGCGAGUAUUGAAUAAUGUGAGUUUUACAGAGUAUCGAGAAACUGAGUGUUAUGAAAUACUAAAUUGACCGAGAGAUAUUUUCGAGUGAAUUUCUCGAUUAUUAAAACCUCUCGAUUAUUGAAAUCAUUCGAUUGUUUCCAUUAAUAGUCUGUGUGUUGCGUACUAUUUAAAUAUUAAUAGUACCUAUUUAUGAUUCUAAAAAUAAAAUAAAUAAAUUCUAAAGUAUAAAAACUUCGACCAAUCAAAGUUAGGAACAAACUCAUUGACAUAUGUUUACUUUAUGGAAUUAUAAAUUGUAAAAUUAAUUAUAAAAUAAUUUAAAAUAUUGGCAUUCAAUUAUAAACAUGUAGAUACUGCUUACUGUUGCCAGAUAAUCAAAGGUUACCAGAUACAUACGCAGUAUGUACCUAUGCCGCUAAAUAAAUUUGCUAAUCGUAUAAGCAGUAAACUACACAACAUAUAGGUACUGCGUUUUUUCUAGAAUAUAUCAUUUACUGUUUAUUUUUCUAAUAUUCGUUAGAUGGAUACUAUAUAUUUAAAUCUCAUUUAGAUUCUCUAAAUGAUGUGUUACUGCAUUUUAACCGAAAAAAAUCGAUGUAAAAUGCCCUAAUAAACAUAUAAUUGGUCUUCUAUAAUAAUCUUAUUUAUAAAAAAUUGUCGGUUACUUUGGCAGGGCAGUAUACAAUGGCGUUUAUUACGAUGUAUAUAUGUACAGUUAGCAGAGGGAAUUCGGGGUUUUUUUUUGUAUUAUUUUUAUAUUAUACAAUAAUAUUUAUAGUUAAAUAAGUACAUAAAUGUAGUUCUCCAGUUUUUUAGAAAAAAAAGGUCUUGGGGGGGGGGAGAUACGAUACCCAAAUCCCCCCCCCCGUAAUUAUGUCACUGAUAUGGGCAGUUGGUAGUUCACGGUCACCAGCUGGAUACACGUUACACUCUAGAAAUAUUUAAAUUUUAUCAUUUUACAUCAAUUACCUAAUCAAAGUUAUUGAUUAAGUACUCUCUAUAAAAGUGAAUACUUAUAUUAAGAAUAAUAAAGUCAUUUGUUAAUUGUAAAUUGAUUUUGUUAAAAUAUUAAACAUUCUGAAUAGGUGUGCUACCAAGACUCAAGUAUUAAAAUUGAUGUUGGCUCCUUAAUAUAAUAAUUUAAAUCAGUGCUCGAUUUUAAGUAAAGGAGCUCUGCUAAGCCAUUAACAAAUAGCGUCCCGACAAAUAAUAGCUUAGUUAGGAUUUACGGUUAUUGGAAGGUCUGAUAAUCAAAAAAAAAAGGUUCAUCAAUCAGUCAAAAUUCCAUUCAUAACACUCAUAAGACACUGUAUUAAAAUAGUAACCUUUAUAAACGUUAUAACCGUGACUAUUUACUGUGAACGUUGAUGCUUGUUAUUCUUGAUUAACUAUAAAUUACUAUAAAAAAAAAAGAAAUAAAAUGGAUAUGGAUAAAUGCAUAAAUAAACUACUAGGAGUUAGCAAAUUUAACACGUAAAUUUAAGCUUAUAAUUGAAUUAUUCUUUAUCAAUAAAAAUGACAAUGUUAACUGUCAAGAGUUGAAUAAAAACUCUUGAAAAAAAAAUAUGUACGAUUUUUGAAAAAUAGAGUGGGUACUUACGUAAUCAUUAGAAUAUUGAUGUUAUAAUUUUUAUGUAGUUGGUGAAAACCGAAAAAUAAAAAUAAGUAUACAUUUGUGUGUAUUUUGUAAUCAUCCCGUUCAGGAGCGAAGUGGCCGGUUUGGAAAUCGGAAUUUUCCGGAUGGCCUGAAUUGUAUAUUAUGGCCUGGUGAUCUGAUAUUUGUGUAUGAUAUUUUACUUACUCGUAUUAUUUAAAAACUCGGUAAAAAGUUAUGCCAAUACACAAAUAUAUCACUAUUAUAUUCUCAUUGCAAUACGUAUUAAGGUGUUUUGAAAUAGAUUCCCGUUUAAAAUAUCUCAUUAAAAUAAAUAUUGAUGAAAUUAUUUUUAUACAUUUUUUAGAGGGCGAAACUCCCCCUUCCUCUACUAUUAUCUUCGCUUACGUCUCAAGUAAAAACGCAUUUAAUUCCCCUCCUGACUUCGUUACUAGUUCAAAUUAAAACGCUAAAAAAUGUUUGGUAGAUCAUAUUUUAUUUAGCGGCCUGGAUAAAUUUUAACCUCUCGGCCUGAAUUUAGUUCCCACUCCGUUCCUGAUUCUGUUGUUGGUUACUUAUCUCACUUUAUAUCUCUACGGCUCAACAUAAGAAUUAACAGUGAGAACCCGAUUUUUAACACCGUGCAAAGCACUGCUACAACCGGGGGUCCUUAUAUUGUCUACACAAUACUUCUAGUAUUAGCUAUUUAAGAGCCGGAGGAUUUCAGGGCAAGCCCCGAAUGUAUGAUAAUGCAUCAGAGCGUGGUCAUAAUAACCGCUACCCAAUUUACCUACCAAUCGUUAUUUAUUUUAAUUUCUAUUCUUUCUUAGGAUUCAUUUUACUGUUUUUCACAAUUUAAAAAAAAAUGUAUUUUUAAUUACAUACUAAGAAAAUGAAAGCGACUUUCCUAAAAUACGGUUGUGUUCAUGUUCUUAACUAUAAAUAUUCUUACUUGAAGCAUGUAUAUUAAUUGUGCAAUGUAUAUUGUAUAUUGUAUACUGUAAUAUUUAUUGAAUUAAAAAUAUUUUUUAUCAAAAAGAAUCCCACAUGUGUAACUUGUAUACAUUACAUAUAUUUCGUUUAGAUAUAAAAGUAAUUAAUUAUUAUAUUAAAUGUUAUAUAAUAUUUAUAAUGUAAACAUUACCUGCAUAUAAUCUACCUACUAACUACUAAUUACUUGCCUAUUAUACCUAGCUAUUUAACAAACUAUUGUAAAAUGUCUAGAACUCGUUAUUUAUUACUUAGUUAUUAUUACUAACCUGAAUACAAUUUUAACAUUUCAUAAAGCUUAAUUAUUAAUCGUGAAUGCUUAAUUGCAUUAUCGUUUAGUUUUAAUAAAAAUAUAAACUCAUACUAUGUCCAUAUUAUAAUGGAUUCAUGAUUUACUAAAUUAUAUAUUUAAAUGUAAAAUAAAAAAGUAUAAAAACCUAUUAUUCAAUAUUUAAUAAUCAAUUCAAAUCUUACGAUAACAAUAUAUAUUUUUCAGACUUUUAAAUCCACUGAUGUUGCUUCUUCAGCAGCUAUGUGUUAUAGACGUGGUGGCCAAAAAUAUGCUUUGCAGGCAAAGCAAAGUAUAACUUAUGGACGUGGGUCUUUUCCAAACGAAUACUGUGACGAUGACCUUGAAAAUUAUUUAACUCAUAGGUAAGUUUGAGAAUAAAAUCACGGUUUUUAACAAAUUGUAAAUUCAAAUAUUAUUAACUAUAGGUGUAUAGAUAUAUAAUUAACUGUAAACAGUAUUAGUACCUAUUUAUUUAAAAUGUAAUUAUUAUUAUUUGUUUUUACAUAACAUGCAUUUAAAUAUUAAGUCGGUUGGAGGAAUACCCUGCACACUGUGCAAACAGUGUCCAGUAUAAUAAAUUCAUCAGAUAAUAUAAUAAUAUAUAGACACUACGUAAUGGACAAUUUUUUAAUUAGAUUAUACAAUAUUAUAUGAAUGGUUGUGUGAAUAUUAAUUAAUAUUUAAAAUUAUAAUGUCAUGUUUAUCGUAGAAUUAUCACUCUGUUUUUGGAAUAUAAAAUAUUUUAGAUUAAUAUAAAGAAACCUAUAGAUAACGAAUGAUGUUAGUACCUACCUACCUAUAGGUUUAAUCUGAAAAUUCCUUAAAAAUAAUUGAUGAGGAAAUUAAAAACUUUUGAUAGAGCUUAUUCCAAACCUCUUUUGUUUUGAUGAUGGUGUGUGGUAACACCAAACACAAACAAAAAUAUCCUCUGUAAUUAAUAUGUUAAAAAUCUACGUAAAAAUCAUUUAACUUUCAUUAUAUUUUAAACCGAAAAAUUCACGGUCAAAAGUUUGAUAUAAUCCUAACAACUAUAUCUUAUUGAGUUUUAAAUUUUAUUUGAGAGAACCGGUGGUUUUUUUUUUUGGUGGGGGGGAUGGUGGGAGGAUGAAGUCCCUCUUCUUUUUCUUUUUUUUAGCUUACCUCUUCUAUUUUUUCGAUAUGGAAUGUAGGAAUGUAGGAAUGUAACAUUUACAAGUGAAUUUGCAAAUCGUUAGUUUUUCUACAUUUUAUGGAUCUUAUUUAAUGCAUAAUUUAUUAACAAUUAACCAAUUUAAUGUUUUUUAAAAAAAAAAUAAUUAAUAAAUAACUUGUUUUAUAUAAUAUACUUGUAGAACAAAUUUAACAUUGUUCUGGUGUUAUAGGUGGAUAAAGAAGGGUGUGAGGCAUUUUGUCUGGAACACUUGUUCAUCCAACAUCUACUCAGUCCCCCUUCUAGAUUUUUCCAAAUCAAGCACUGAAGAGAACUAUGUGAUUUUUUGAUAAUCAUAUAAUGAUAUCAGUACAGAUAAUCUUCUAAAUCUUAAACCUGAUGACUUUAGAACUGCUGUAUAGACGCAUUGAGGCUACCACUUAUAAGUAAAAAUAGUGAUGACCUUAAUAACCUCAAAUGUAUAAAAGUAAUCAAAUUAUUAGUAUAAUAACAUAACUUUUUUAACAGCCAAUAAGUAUAAAAAAAAUCCAUACUCCACAUUUAUUCAAGUGAAUGCCACUCGUCGCCCUAUAAUUCUACGUCAUCAUACUUAGCAGUUAGAUCUGUAAAACAAUAAUAUCUCUCGACUUUUGGGGGAAGUUAAGAAAUAAGGAUUGUAGGUAAUAGGUAUAGGUACAACUCAAACAAAGACAAGGUUAGCAAGACUAUCUAUAAAAACAUAUUUCUUAUUUAUACAUUUAUUUUCUUAAAUUCCUCAUGUGCACACUCCCUUGAUAGCUAUCACCAGCUAUAUAAUACUACAUAAUAGGGUACUACUUAUUGUACAAGUUUAACAAUAGAACAUUGCAUGUAAGUAGUAACGUAUCGUUAGGGUUUUAUUUUUAUUUGAAAAAGGUUUAUAAAUUAUUUUUUAUUAUAGUUUUGAUGAUUAAUUGUCUAAAAUGAUGGUUUUAAAAUAACAAAAAAAAAAAAAUUCAUUGAUCGAGUCAAAUUAUAGUGAUCUCAUUCGAAGGAUAUGUAAAACACACAUUUAUUAUUUCUCUGAAUCGACAUCACGGUACAAUAUCUACAUUUCUAUUUGUAUAAUUCAUUCAAUCUUUAUUUAGAUUAAAUUGUAUAAUGGUUAAAAUAAAUGUACGCAUUUAACUAUCUUUAUAUUAUAAUACACCAUAUAUUUUACCUUUAUAUUAUGUUGCAAUUCAAAUAAAAAAUAUAGGUAUGUGUUUAAUUUUGUAAUACAUACAUUAUAUAUUAGGUACUAUUAUAAUAGACAACUAUAGUUGUUUAGUUAGUAGUAUAUCCAUUGUUAUUUGCCCUAUAACUGUUUUAAACAAUAUAUACCUAUAGUAUAAUUAUAUAAACUAUUUACUUUAUUUAGGAAUAUAUGUUACUUUAAAAAUAUUGUAAUUGGGUAGGUACACUAAAACUUAAAAUUAUGAGUUUAGUUUAAGUUCUAUGGUUGCUAAAUGUAUUAGUGUACAUCAUUAAUAACAAUAUCAAAUUUUAAAACUACUAGGAUACAUGGUUUCAAUAUUACCAGUGUCGGUCUGACUCAUAAUUGGGCCACCGGAAAAAUAUUUUCAAUGGACCACAAAACAUCAAAACAUAGAAGUCAUAUUCAAUACCAACUAAAAAAAUUGUCUGGCUUCGCUCGAAAUCUAAUAGAAAUUUUAAUAGCAUAAAUUUAAUUUAAUAUAUGAAUAUAUAUUGUUUUAAAUUUAUUUUUUCAUUUUGUAGUGAUUCCACAUGUAUGUAUUAGACAUAUGUGUCAAUUUACUAAAUUCUGUUAAAAUACUAAAGGAGGUGUACAUCACAUUAAUACUUAUGUAUGCCAUAAAGAUCAAUAGGUAUUUUUAUGAGUCAAAUCACAACACUAUGUUAAUUAUUAAGUAAAAUCUAUUUUUUUUUCAACUUUAUUAACUAUAUAAAAUAAAUUAUACAAAAAGUAUACGGCAUAGACUUGUUAUAUAUGUAAUAAUAAUCACAUAAAAUAAACAUAAUAAUAUAAUAAUUAUCAGAAUAAAAAUAAUUGAGAGCAAUAAAACUCAAGUAAUCAACAAGAUAAAAUAAUAAUCUUUGUAAUUCUUUACUAAAUGAUGCUAAUUAAUCAAUUUUUUCAUUUUUUUGAAUAUGUUAAUUUUAUUAAAUAAUUAUAGAGACUUGAAAUUUAGACAGAAAACUUAUAUUUGUCUUUUCUAGAUGUGGUAAAAUUUUCAAAACAUUGCAAUAAUUUUUGAGCUAUUUAUAGAUAUUUUAAUUUUAUAAGUUUUUUUUACAUAUAAUUUGCGGGAACAAAAUUGUUGGACCAAAUAUAAAUUCUAAACAAUUUUACAGGAGGUUCAUUAUAAGUUGUACAAGUUCGUGGUCAAACAAAAGGGGAAAAUCCCGAAAUUAAUUAUUUUCAAAUCGUAAAUAUUACAACUUUUAAAAACAUGUAUAACCGAACUCCGCUCAAAAUCAUUUUUCGUUAGCAAAGAUUAAUCACUGCGUACAAAUAUACAUUAAAUUCCCUUCUACAUCCUACCCUUCCCAACUUCUCACUUAUAACAGUGGUUCACCCAUAGUGCAAGUAUGUCCGUAUCUUUUUAGUUUUGAAAACGCACGUUCACAGGAAACUUAUGUACAUGGUUGAAUUAAUACUUAUUUCAUAGCUAAAUAAAGCGUAUUAAAUAAAUAAAAUGUUGAAGUUAUUUUAUACAAUGUCUGCAAAACCUUAGGUAAGUAGUCAUCACAUUCUAGUUUUUCUAUAACAGGUACAUCAUCUACUGUAGCUACUAUUUCUUCUAUAUUAUUAUUCAUGGUAUACAGAAUCUUCUUGGGACAAAAGAACUAGAGUACCUACUGCUCUAGAUUAUUUUUAUUGUAUCACGUCAACCAUGUUUCAAAAAUAAGAUUAUAAUAUCAUUAAUUUCAUUUAUAUUAGGAAAUUUUUUUGUUUUACAAAAAUAAUCAACAUACUUUCUGCUAUUGACGUGAUCCCGUGGGGCCCCUAUUUUAAAUAAAUCUCAGGGCCCCCAACGACUGCCGGGAAGACCAGACCGACACUGAAUAUUACGUGUCUAAACUACAAAUGUUACACAUUUUAUUUUAUUUUAUUUACUGACGUCAAUAUAAUUCAUUGGUUAGGUUUGAAUUGUAUAUUUUAUAUUAAUUUAAUGAGAUUGCUUAGUCAGAAAGUUAAAAACAAAAAAAUAAAAUAAGACUCUGAAUAACAAUAUAAAACUAAAGAAUAAAAAAAAGUAGAUGUAUUUACAUUAUAUUUUAUUGAUUUUGUAUAAUUAAUUUUUAUUUUUGGUACAGAAAAAAAAAGGCUAGAAAUGCAUCCAAACAUAGGUGUGUGCACGAGCAGACUCUUGUUUUAGGUGACAUAUGAAAAAAAUCUCAUUUCAUCAUAUUGGUUAUGAUAAUAUUAUAUAGACUUGUUUUGAAUCUAAUUAUAGGCGCCGGGUGGUUUUCAAUAAUCGAAGGAAAUAUUUGUUUAAUAUUAUUUGAAUCGGUUGUUUUAUUUUUAGUGCAAGUAUUUACUAUUUUUAUUUCCCCAGAAAUGACGAUGUUUACGAUAGCUCGAUGUCUAAAUGUCUAAUAUUGAAUAGUGAAUACUGUCCAACGAUGGUGCUAUUUCGAAUCAUCUAAUCAGUAAUCAAAAUAUUAACAGUGAUAAAUAGAUAAAUAUCUUUACCGCGUGGGUAGUUAUAAAGUUACUUUUUGUUACAUUUAAUUAAUUUUUUUCUGCUAGUAUUUAAUAGACUAGGCAUAAAUCUAAAAUUGCAUUUAUUAAUUAUAUGAGGAAAGAGAUACUUGAAUUGUAAAAAAUGAUGAAUUUUUAUUUAUUUAAUUUUAAUAAUAAAAUAUUAAAAUUUUAAUAAAUAUGUCUUUAUAAAAAUAUGGUUUUAUUUUACAGCGAUAAAAAAAAUAUGAAAAACCUAUUAUUUUCUAAGAAGAAGUAGUAAUCGUAUUAUCUUGUUUAUAUAAUCUUGUUUAUAAUGCAAUACCGUGUACAUUCAUAUUAGAGGCAUUUAUAUCCCGGGAGGGCACAUUUUAUUACCGUAUAACUUGCAAAUAAAGUCUACGCACGCCUAUGCAUACAAAAAAAAAAAAAAAUUUAAAUCAAAUAUUCAUAUAUAAAUGCAAUUUAUACAUUUAAAAAUUACUUUAAUUCCUAGAUAUAUUCAGUUAAAUUAAAUAAUAGGUACCUCUCUACUAACAGUUUGAGGUUAAAAAUUAAAUUGUCUAAAUACUAUAGUUUUAUUAUACUAGACUUUAAAUAAUUAUUUUUAAAUUUAUUAACUCUUGUACAUAUUUUCAUGUAGAGUGUUUUGUUUAGUGAAAUAUUCUAUUCAUAAUGAAAAAAGUUUCAUACUUUUUUAAAGUGCUUAAAACAGUACUGUAUUUCCAGUUUAAUUUAAAAUUAAAUUACCCUUAAAAAACGUAAAUAACAUUGACCAUUUAAGAUUUAAAUAUACAUAUUUGAGGUUCCUUUACUAGCUGUUAGCCGGGAAACUUAAAACCUGAUUUUCGAGAAAACUUUGUGGUUGAUAAAUCUUGAACAACAAUUUUUGUUUGAUAUACCAUACUUAGUUAACCUAAACCGCAUAUUAUAUACCACACAGUUGAGUCCAAUCCCACUCGGAACGUGUGUAAUCACGUUUCGUGACCAGCUGUAGUGGCUUUACAUAACAGUGUACAGUUUUACAAUAUACCAUUAUGUUUUCUUAUGAUACAGUUGAUAUAAUUGAUUUAAUUAACUUAGUUGAUGCUAAAAGCUAAAUUUAAAGAUAUCUUUGAUAUCUUUUUUCUAGUGGGAUAAUUAAGAUGAAAAUAAAAUCUCAUAUUUUGAAUUUAAUUUGUAAUGAUAUACUUUAUAAGUAGGUAUAUAAAAUCAUACACGAUUUGUUUGGAAUAACUUUAUCAAUAAUAACUUUUAAGGUGUAAUUUAUUUAUGGAAGUUUGAAAAUACACUUAUAAUACGCAUAAUAUAUUAUAUUAGAUAACUUUUUAUCAGAUACGUAUCUGGGACCAUAUCUAAAGAUGGGAUUAAGUUUUUGAUGAAUAGUCUAAUAUUCUUCUAUAAUUAAUUGUUAUUGUUAUUAUGUGAGGUUUUUUUUUUUUAAAAUCUGUGAAUAAUUUUCCUAACAAAAAUUUUGACCCAAUCAUUAACUUAAGAAUGGUUUCUAGUAGAAAAUUGUAACUAGUUGUGUAUCGGAGAAGUUUUUUUCUGAUAUUUUUGUUUAUAAUGAUGAAAAUCGGGAAAUACACCUGAAAUCGAGAUCAUUUAUGCAACAAUAAUAGUUUUUGUGAAAAUCGAUUUGGCUUUUUUGUUGUGAUUUAGUGAAAAUUAUUGUAAAUAAUUUGCAUUUUUACUGUACCUAUAUCUAAAUUAUCCUAAUCUGAUGUCUGAUAUUAACAUUUUCUAGAUAUGGUAUAUGUUUUUCAAACUAUUCUGGUGUUAUUCAAGUUACUUAUAGGUAGAUAUUUGAAAUUGUCGAGUUCUUUCUGGUUUAAAAUUCUCAAACAUUUAAUGCAAGUUUCAUUAAACAUUAUAUUUACAGUCGUAAAAAUGUGUCGGUCGGUGCCUGUGCCUUUUGUUUUUCAAUCACAUAAUAUUAUGUUUUACGUUCAAUAUACCUUCCGUACAAGAUGACACGAACAAAAAUGUAUCUUAUUCCAGAAUAAUUGUUAGUUCCUGUCUGUAAUGGGACGGUUAAAGAUAAAUAAGUACGUACAGCCGUAGGUUAUAUGUUAAAUAAGCGAUUCAAAUUAAAAAAAAUAAUCGAAAUCUAAAUCAUAUAGAUGCAUAAUAUACUAUAGUGUUGUUGUCUCGUCGUUAUAAUAUAUCGUGCCCUUGGUGUCGGCGACCUUGCGCACCAGAGGUUGAUACUUAUAAUUAUUGUGACGUGAGUAGCUUUCGGAAGUCCGUCGGGACUCUGAUGCUUCUGUUGUCACUGCAGCCAUGUUAUUAUUGUUAGCCCGACGCGUGCGCCAUCAUCACCGGUGCGGUCCGUCUAAACGAUCGCGGGACACGGUAGGAGUUUGCGAAUAUUAUAAAAUUAGACACAUACACACACACACACACACACACACACACACGAAUAAUAAUAAAAUGAUCAUUUAAAAACCUUCGCGUGGUUCGUGUGAUCGUCGUGACACCGGGGCCCGGUCGAUCAUUCGUCGAUCCGCGUUCGUAUGUAUACUAUAAUAAACGCUAAAUGUUAAUAAUAUAUCGCACGAUACUACAAUAACAAAUUAAAACAUAAUACUCGCAUACUUAAUAUAUCGUCGGCUACUCAGCAAAACUUCGCAAGUCGUAGGUAUUGUGUGUGUGUAAAUAAACGGUUUUUUUUUUUCAAAAAUCUCGUUCCAAUAAAAAAAAAAAACUUUUUCGUAGCCUUUUUUGAACUUGUCGGUGUGUCGGGGACGUCGGUUUUCGAUUUUCCUUGUAAUUUUUUUUUUUUUAAUAACAAGUUUUCUCGCCGCCGUUUUGUAAAAUUUGUUGAAACCGACUUUUAUCGAAUCGUUUCACCGAGUGGCCGACAAAAUCUAAUAAUAAUAAUCUCAUUUACAUUUACCGUGUAUAUAAUAUUAUAAUACUAUGCGUACGCGUGUGUUUUUUUCUGCGGCAUCAGGCGAUACUCGGCAGACGAAUGCAGCAUAGAUACGGGACGAAAAUCUGUCACGUUCGAUUUGUACGAUAAGAGGCUCUCGGAGAGCAUUCACGACGUGCACAAGAAAUUCCACGAAAUCACCGUUUACGAGAACAGUUCCGCUGUAGGUAAGUGUACACUGUAUUUAAUAAUAUUGUAAACAUUUACAUUUUCAUAGUAUAUAGUUAUUGUUAUUAUUAAUAUUCAUCGUUACGAAGACUUAUACAAAUAAAAAGUAAUAUUAUUCUUCUUCCGAAUAUUAUAAUAGCUACAAUGACGUUAUAGUACGAUAUCUAUGUUUUCCCUUUUUCCUCGUAUAUAUCUAUUUUAUUUGGCGCUGUUACAUUUUUUCAUUCUUUCGAUUCCAAUUACGCGCAAUCUAUACCGGAUUUAAUUUGUGGAUUACUUCGUUCUUUUAUAAUUUAAGAAUAAAAUCGACCCGAUCGAUUGUAAAUAAAUUUACAACAAUACAAUGUCGAGGUUGGCUCGUAUUUGUUCAGAGUAUUUAUGUGUAAAUGAUUAUCUACGAAUCUGUCAAUCCCCCGAUGAAAUAUAGUUGUACAAAAGAAUCUCUAAAACCCAUCUCAUAUUAGACAUGUCCUAUUCUUACAAACAGAAUGUGUUACUUAAGAAACACCCCGAACAUAAGGUAUAUUGUCUGUCUUCGCCAUAUUAACUUAUGAAAAAAAAACCCGGCAGUAUUAGUAUCCAAGUGUGUGUGUGUUGUGAAUUAAAAUAGAGCAAGACUCCGAGAAAUGUAUUGUGAAUAAUAUACAACUUUUUGUCUGAAAAUAAUAAUAAAAAAAACGUAUCCUAUAAUAACAAUUUAUUUUUAUGUUUAAGUUAUGAGUAGUAUAAAUAAGGUACCUUCUACUGAUAUAUAAGUAUAUUAUAGAAUUUGUAUAAUUUACAACAUAUUAUAUUUAGCAAAAUGUAAAUAAUGUGAAAUGCAUAUAGUAUGUCUUUUUUUCCGGAUGAGUUUUUAUUAAAAAAAAAAAAUCACAUAACAAUAUUAUCGUAACUUCGUCGUAUUUACGUUUGCCAUAUACCACGCGUUCUUUUGUGGUUACAACUCUACAAGCUAUAUUAAAACUGAAAAAAAAAACUUGUUUGUAAAAUCCUGUUUGUACAUUAUCCUAUCGAUUUUGGCAUUAAAGAACGUAUCAAAUCAAUGUUAAGUAUAUGUAGAAUAAAAGGGUUAUCCAUUAAGUGCAUUUGUUCCGUGUUUGGCAAACAAAUAAAUCUGUUGAUCCAAUAAUCUCCACUAUAGUCACAUCCAUGCUGAUGGUAUAUUUGUAUGUAUUAUAUUAUAUAUAGUACGUAUAGGUACAACACUAUUAUUUCCAUUCGUGUAAAUAUAACAUCAUAAUACUCGCGUAGGUAUAUAGCUGGGUAUACUCUUUUAAAGUAAAUGUUUUCGGGAUGGACGUUUGACCCUGAUCGAAUAUCCUUCAAAGUAAAAUACAUUUUACAUUUAUAAUAAGUGAUUAAAAUUUACAAUUAUACCCACAAUAAUACUAAACUAAUGUUUAUUGUACAUUAUGUAUGAGAUUUAUAAUAAAUAAAUAAGUUUAUGUGUACUUAUUUUAAAUUUAAAUUUAUAUUAACAAUUCAGUAUUUAUCAUCUUUUACGAUGAACACAGAUUUUGAAUGUAGUAUUUAUAUAUACUUAUAUUUCAGAGAAUUUCGUGUAAUUAUCAACAAAUUUCCAAAUAAAUUGAUAUCAAUAUUAAUGAAUAAUGAACUCAUGACAUGUUUACGUUCAAUGUCAAAUAUAAAAAUCUUGUUUGUAUUCAAAUACUUAAUAAAAAAAUAAAAUUAAAAAAAAUAUAUAAUUUGUUUAUCUGGUCUUUUGGUUUUAGUAAUUUAAUAUUUAAUGGGUACACUUAACUGACACAGUCAUUAUUAUAUUUCACCGACCAUUAAUAUGGUUUACUUGUAUAAAGAAGUGUAUAUUAUUAUUCUCAUAUAUCAUAUAACUUCAGAAUAAUGAUGCAAAUAAUUAUUUUCGUGAAUAUCAGUAUAUUACAAUAAACUAGGCAAUCAAAAUCAUUCGCGUUUGGCAGUUUAAAAUGUGCUUUUAAACGGACUUAUAUUUAUGUACUCAUUCAUUAAAAAUGUUGUACCAUAUUUAUAUCAACCGAACAUUGACAUUUGUGUUUUAGAAAUGACACCAGAGAUACCAGAUCCUCGAGUGCGAACGCCACCGGAAUUAGCACGUGUCAAUACCGAUGAACCGAUUGAAUGUGUCAGACAAAUGUUAAAAGCUGCUAGAGACAUGGAGUUAGAAACGGUUGUCAAUAUUUUAACAAGUCACGAUGAAGAUUUUUUUAGAAAUAAUAUCAAUGAUACGGAUUCCACAGGCCGAGUAAGUAUAUUAUAUACACGCACAAAAGAUAUUUUAUUUAAUAAAAUAGUAGAAAAUAUGAAUUAUUAAAAUAAUAUAAUAAUGAAGUACACUUUAUUACACCGUAAAAAUUUAAAACUAUAUUACUCAAAGCAAGCGCAUUUUUAUUACUAAAUACUAAUAUUAGUAAAAGGAAGUGUUUGGGUGUUGAAAUAGGCUGUAUUUAAGUCAAACAUCAUUUACUAAAUGCUUCGGGUUCUUUUACAAAAUGUGUAGUUUUCAUAUUAUAAUAUCAUAUUUGAUUAUUUAUCGUAAAAAUUAAAGAUAUACCUACUGUAUACCGCAUACCGUGACGGUAACCUGUGAAAGCACCAGCUGCUGUUACAAUUAUUACCUAUAAACGACGUCGUGGACCGCCUCGAAAAUUCUGUGUGGAACCCUUCCCUCUCCUUACAAGUUGUAUUUAAGUAAAAAUUAAAAUACACCCUUUUGAAAAAUCUUGACUACGUGCCUGACUUGGAGUAAAAAUAUCGUAUAAGUAUCGUCAAAGUACAUUAUAUCACAUAAAAAGUGGAUUAGAAAUAUUUUAGGAUUAAAUUUAAAAAUUAUGAGAGAUAAUUUAUGACAAGCAAUACAUGUAUAGUGCAGUGUUCAUUAUGUACGAACAAGUAAAUUAUUAAAUUUAGUGUGGUAGCGCUGCCCGAACUUUUUUAUUUGUGAAAGCGAUAAAAUUCAAACAUCAUCCAUAAUUCUUGUAAAAAAAACCUCGUGGGAGACAUCGCUCCCUCACACUCUUAUACCUCUCUAGACUUAUUUAAAAAAAAUAAAAAUUCUCACUGAAAAAAAACAAAAUAAUUUGUAUAAAUAUAAUAUAAUAUAUUAUUGUGUCAUCUAUAAAUUUUUUAAAAUAGUUAAAAAAUGGAAUAAAUAUAUUUUGGUAUUUAAAGUUUAUUUUAAUGUAUUUCCGCUUUUUAUCAGAAAUUAUAAGUAUGUAGGUAUCUAAUCAGAGUCGUGUUUAACGGGGACAAAGAGAGACUAACCUAACCUCCCUGGGGAGGAAAAUUGUGUGGCGCUUGGAGGGGUGGCAAUUUUUGUGUACGAAUAUUAUAAACCACCAAAUUAUGUAGCUAAAAUUAAUUUUACUUUUGCCUAUGAGCAGCAGUUUAAUUCAAUGCAGCACUGUAUCUAAUAAUACACCAUAAUAAUUAGGUUGACCUGAUAAUGUGUAACAUAAGACAAUUUACGUUCCCUAUAUGUACAUUAAACAUUUUAACAGACCAAUGGGUCGUUGACCGUUGUUAUCCCUAGUCUAUCUUUUAAUACUUCAACUUAAAUGGAAUCAAAUUAAAAUGUUAUUUUAUAAAAAUAAUUAAUCUCAGGGAGAUAGAGGAUGCUACGGGUUUAGCGAACCCGGGGCUCUGAGCUCCUACUGGUGAAAAACACAGAUGGGUGAUUUCCAUAGGGUGUAUAUAUUCUAUACAGUGUUUAUAUAGGGUAGAGGAAUUUACUUUAUAUAGUUGACAAUACUAUUCUCCUUCAUUAAAGGGUAUCGGAAUACUCCCACGGUACUUUUACCUGUCGGCUGUCGCAAGAGGCGACAAAUGGGAUAGGUUCACGUUGAUAACCGGUUUAAAUAUCUGUUAAACUGUAUGAGUUCUGAACAAGAUUUUGGUAGAUAGUCUUAUUUCGGAUGAGCGUGGGGACAAUAAUUAAGAGGAGUUUAUGUUUACAGAUGAUAAAGUUUUGAUAAGAAAAAAUACGUAAUAAGUUAAUAAUAUAGGCUUGAGAAAUAGAGAGUAGCACUGAAAUAGGGCGAGAUGGUUUGAGCAUGUCACGGGAAAAAAGGAAUCUUAAGCAGUAAGAUUUUUAAUGAAAAUAAACGUAGGAGGAUAAAGGUGGAAAGGAAAAUUGAAAAAAGAUAAUAGGAUGCGAUUAAGAAUGAUAUGAGGACAGCUGGUGUAUGUGGAGUAGAUGAUCGGGUCAGGAGAAAGUUUACAACGAGGUUAGAUCGAUCCCAAAUAGUUGGGAUGAAGGCAAAGGAGAAGAAGGAGAUACAAAUAAUUAAUCGUGCUGAUAAAAUAUUAACUGACAUCCGAAGUAUUAUUAAUAAAUAAAUUCAAUUUAUUAAUAAAUAAUAAUAAACUUACUAAAAUUAUUAUAGUAGUAAUUAUAAAAUAUCCAAUACAUUCUCGGUAUACUUGCUCUCUGCCCAUUUUUAGUUGUAGAGACAGUUACUUACUUACUCAAUAAUGUAUGACAAUAUACAACAAUAACUAUCUUACUGAAGAAAAUUAUUAUUUAAUUAAAUAAUCGAAAAUAUAAGAUUAACAAUCACUGUGAAGUAUAUUUUGAAUAGGUACUAAUUUUUAUCGUUUUUAAAUAAACACUCAAUCUUUAUUGGAUAAAACCAAAUUAUAAAUUUGUACUAAAAAUAUUACAUUUUCAGACCUCCUAGCUCUCAUAAUUAAAUUAAUUCAAUUAAAACAGCAAAUUUUACUGAUAAAUUGUCAUUUUAUUUAAUGUAUAAAGGGUUUAAUAUAUAAAUUUAAAAAAAAAAGAGCUGAUCCUGGGGAUAGGAGCGGUUACUGUUGUAGGUUAGAAGUUGGGAACAUAGGAUACAUAAGGUUAUUUCAUUUAUAUCUGUAAGCAACGAGAACACUAUUGCUUGAUGAAAGAUGAUUCCGAGCGCAUUUCGGUAAUGCAUAAUUUGAAUUUGAAUAAUUUUUUUUGCGAUUUUCGUUUAAAUUUUAUUUCUAAACGCUUAUUAAAAAAAAAAACAGUCAUUCGAUGAUUUUGAAAAUUUUAUCACGUCUAAGUAAGUCCAAUAUAAGUAUUAUUACCAAGUUUCAAGUCUCUACGUAUUUAUAACCGAAUUAUAACAAAAAACUCCCAAAAAUUAAAAUUCCUUAAAAACUCAAAAGUGGCUCAAAAUCAUAUUAUAAGAAAGUAAAUCAAAAAAGCACAAAAUAGGUGUGUUUUUUUCUGGUAGAAACCGUCCGUGUUUCUAUAAAAUAAUGAAAUCGUAAAAUUGUACGUUUUCCUACGUUUUUUCCCGCUUAAGUGCUUUUAUUUAAAAAAUAGCGUCGACAAUCAAAAAAAUAACCUUUUUAAAGUACAAUUUAGACAACUUAAGCUUUCAGAAAAGAUGUUACGCUCAUACAUUGGAGCAAUUUUACUAGGAUAAACCUUGUCCACAGACUAGAACAACUGUUGUAUAAGUAAUAGUUCCCUCGCUACGCUCAGAAUCUAAAAAGUGUAUGAUCAGCGGGUAUCAAUUAUAAAUAUUAAUUAUAAUUAAGCAUUUAUUUAUAUUAUUUAUGUCUAUAAUAUGUAGUCUGAAUAAGGGAAAUCCAAUUUGGCUACUUCAAAGAAAAAAUUUAAUUACAAUGUGCAAUUAAAAUAAAUAUUCAUCGAGUAAUAUGGUACCUACCAAGGUACCUAUAUUUAUUAUUGGUUCAAAAGUGUUGUAUAGAUAACACUUAAGUUUGUUGAAAUUAUCCCAAAAAUGAUAUUUGAUUUUGAAAGUUUAUUUUAUUCUUUAAAUUAAUUUUUUAUAGAAAAACCAUAGGAACGAUUUCGUGUGGUUACAACUUUAAGAGAUUGCGUAUGUUUGCCGCGUGAGGUUUUGUUAAAAGUUUUAUGCAUAAUAAAAUAACCAAUCAAUUCGGUAUAUUUAUCGAUUUGUUGCCCUUAUUUCUUCAAUAGUUUAAUAUUAUAGUAUUAUAAUGCGAAUACCUAUAAAGCUAUAACUAAUUUAAUAUUAUUAUUGUCGUCUGUCGACCUAUAACAUAUAAUUAAAAGUAUUAUUGUGAAAAAAGCAUUUUUUUUUUUAACUAUGUGAUACAUGUAUUUUAUUAAUGAUAAAAAUAUUAUGCGGUCGUAAUUUGAUGGAUAUCGUUUAUUAUACCACAAACAUAUAUUUUAAGAAUCAAAUUAAGUCAAAUUAAAAAUUAUAUAUAUUAUAAUAUAUUUGCUAUGAUGCCAAAUGGUUUAAAAAUAUUGGUGGUAUGACAUUCUGACGUCAAAUAAUAUAAUAUAUUCUAAAGUUAAUGAUUAAGUUUAUAUCUGAAGACUACACUAAUAAAUAAACAUAUUGAUUGUUGUAGACGCUGUUGAGCUACAUCGCAUCUAGUGGAAGUGUUGAGAUUUUUGAUGAAAUAUUUAGAGUGCCUAACUUGGAUUAUAACAAACCGGACAAUGAGGGCAACACUCCUUUACAUUUUGCAUCGCAGGCAGGUCAGUACAACAUUUGAAGUUUUAGUUUGAAUGAUGUAUAUUCAAGGGUUUGUUUGCAAACCUAUCCUUUUUGUCACAUUUGGAAUGGAAAUUGUGGAGGGAAAAUGCAACUGAAAUUGUUUAUAUCAAUAUAAAAAGUAAAAUAUUAUGUAUUAUAGGUACCUAUGUACCUACUUUAAUUGUAUUAAUUAAUUCUAAGUUUUAAAUAAUUAGUCUUUUAUUAGUAGGCAUAUAUUGAACUAUCAUUAUUUUUAAUUAAGUUCAAUUAAUUAAAUGACGAUGAUUAAAUAACUCAUGUCACUUAAAGAUAAAAUAAUUUUAUUUGUAUAAUUCAUUAACAUACACUUGUUAUACUAUUAAAAUAACAUUGGCAUAAAUUAUUUUAGUUAGAUACUGUAAUUUUAAAUGACCACUUACCCAAAUUAAUAAUUUAAGAGAGCUAGCUAAAACAAAAUUCACUUUUGAUUAAACUAAAAUAAAAAAUGUAUAAUUAUAAAUGUAAAAUUUAUUUUUAAAAUUUGGUUUUCUCAUUUUUUAUUCACUAUUCACCUAUUAUUUUAAUAUAUAUAUUUUAUAAUACACAUUACACAUGUAUAUCAUUAAAUAAAAAUAAUACUGUUACUUUUAGUUAAUUUGGUUUAUUUAUAUGCCCCUUUUGUAUAUGUUUUUUAUUAAACAAUCUCAACUUAUACUUUUAAAUUAUUUAUCAAAAUUAACUAUAAUUAAUAUUAUUUCUAUUUAAAUUUACAGGCCAAUCUGAAAUUGUGUGUCUGUUACUGAACAAUUGUUUACAACUAGAGAUUGAUGCCAGAAACUGUUUAGGAUUCACACCGUUAAUGAAAGCCGCUCUCCAGGGGCGAACAAAAUGUGCGAAAUUUCUACUGUAUGCAGGUAUUAUAUCAGAUAAAUAUUUUUUUUAUAGUUUAUUUCGUUCAAAUGUUUCAUAAUAUUAAGAAUAAUGUAGCUAAAGUAGGUAAUUCAGUUUUGUGAAAAUAGUAUUUGGAAUAAAAUUUUAAUUACGACUCAUUAAAUGGUACAGAUAUAAUUUGCCAUUGUUUGAUAGAUUUAAUGUUAAAUAAAUUAGUAAAAUGUACAUAUAUUUGAAAAUUGUAUAAUAUCGACACAUUGUUUGUAUUCACAUUGUAUAUGACGAACUGAGAACAUAAUUUUCUAUUAUUUAUGUUACUCAAGAUUUGAUAAACACAUUCCACAUUUUGAUUAUAUUAUUUGGUUAUAUGAAAAUAUAACCAAAAUACAUGAAUCUAUAUGAUGUAGAUGUUCUGUUGAUGAAAUGGUUUGAUUAAACAUAAAUGCUUAAAAAUUGAAUUCAAGAUUUAUUAUUAGUAUUUAAAAAAAAAAAGUUAGUGUUAUGUAAUAGUUUUUGUUACGCAUUUUAAAAUUAUAUUUUGUGAAAAUCGUAAAUAUUAUGAUAUUUCAAAACAUUUAUGUGAGAUUUGUGUAACUGAACUUCGUUCAAAAUCAAUGGUUUAUAAUUGCAUACAGAUAUAAAUUAAAUAACUUUAUAGAUUCUAUCUUUCCAAAUAUCCUCCCCGCUUACAAAAGUGGCACGAGACAUCAGCAGUAUCAACUUUUUUAUUAUUAUUAUUAUUAUUAUUACAUAAUUAAGAAUACUGAGAAAUUCAAAGUGCAAUUCCCUACAAUUUUAUUGAUUUAUAUUAUUUCAUAUACAUUUUUGGUCGUAUCAAUUUCUUUACUUUUUCAUAAUGAUACAUUUAGUUAUUUAUUUUUUUUCCGGUACCUAUUCAACUCUAAGGUUAGCCAUACAGUUCCCUGUAUUCUUCCCAUUCUAGUCUAUCACUAGCUAGAUUCAAUUCUCUGUAGUUUGUCAGUCCCACAUCAGAAAUCAUAUCUUUUUGAUAUAUUGUGAUAUUCUUGGCCGUCCUUGGUCUCUUAUGCAAUUCAUCCUCUCUUCUGUUAUAGUAUGUAAAAACUCACUAGUGUGACUUAAAACAUAUCUGAUCAUAUUCCAUCUUCUAACUUAAAUCGUACUGAAUAUCGUUCAAGUAAUUAUUUAUUUCAAUGUUAGUCUUCCUUGUCAGAUAUAGUAGCCGUAGAAGGAAAAAGAGGGAAAGGAAGUUUGAAAAAGAUAUGAGGGAUCGAGUUAAGUAGAAAUUUAGGAGGGUGACCGACACCCAGUGACAUAUUUAAGGCGGGCUCGAUGAAAAAAACACAUAAAAACUUUUUAUUUUAUUUCAUUCUUUCCAGGUCUAAUGUGCUGUUUAAUAAAGUUUUUAAUUAAAACUUUUGAAUAAAAAUAUUUAUAUUUAAAUUCGCGGAUGUUAAUAAAUUAUACUAUAAGGAAAAGUUAGACAAUAGGCACUCAACUUCGCUGUGACGUUCUUAAAUAAACUCUAAUUUCUACUCAAACAACAUAAACUCAAUAACCUACAUACUGAGGUACCUAUUACUGUCUGCAAGCAUUAACUUGAAUUAAAUUAACGUCAAUAAGUAAAAUUAUUAAAUAUGAAUUGUGUAUGGAAAGUUGAGCAACAAAUGGUGCUUAUGAUAAAGUGCAUACAUAAUAAUAUAUUAUGUUUAUAUAUAAUGUAUAAACUUUGUAUGUAUGCAAUUUACUAUACCGAUACAAUUUUAAUGUGUAUCUAAAAUAACCUUAACUGUUCAAAUGAAUAAUGAAUAUAUUAUAUUAUAAAUUAUAAUUUAUGCUUUUCUAAUUAAAACUUAAUAUAAUCUACAAUAUUCAAGGAAAUAAUAAUAAUUCACCCUUUUUUUUUUUAUUUACAAUUUUAAAUCUAUAUAGUUUGAAUUUCGUUAUAUAAUGAACUGCGUAGAUGUCUCAAAAAAAUAUACUAUAACUAAUAUUAUAGAAUUUCCAUACAAAAUAUACUGAAUAAAUUAUACGAAACAAAAUGAUGUUAUGUUGAUCAGCAAUGUAAAUAAUUUAGUGGCGUCAUUGGAGAUUAGUUUUAUUUGAUCGUUUACGUCAUAUUUGGCAUAUAAAAUAUGACUUCACAACCUUAGCUUUUAUUUUAUCUAAAUACAUUUGUUUAAGAGGUAUAUUUUUUUUUUAAGUACAAAAUAAUUUACUUUUUACUAGUUUUUAUUAUUUUAAAUAAAUAUAGUACCUGUAGCUGGUUAGUAAUAUAAACAAAUAUUAAUAAAACCUAAUUAAAAUAUUUAUCGUGAGUUUUUUAAGUGAUUUUUACAUUUUAAUUAAUUCAUUUUAUUAUUAUACCAUUUUACCUAUAUAAAUAUUUAAAUAUUACAUGCAAACACAUUUCCCUCGGUAUUUCAAUACCAAUUGGCCAGUUUAUAUUUGAGCUACCUACUCAUCAGAUUAAGAUCCCAUUUUAUUUUAGAUUCAGAGAGCAGCGAGGGAUCUAUUGGUUUUACUAUGAUGUGUGUUAUAUUUAUUAUUAUUAUUUUUUCUAUCUGUUAACAACUUUUUGAAAAAAAAUGUAUAGAGCGUGUAGCACCUUUUCUUAAAGUAUAUUAUAUUUAGCUGGUGCAUUAAACUGGUCAUUUUUUUGACUUUUAGAAAGUUUUUCAAAAAUAAUUAGAAACAAUCAGAAACAAAAAAAAUACCGGUUUCAUUGUUAUUAAUUUUUACAAACUAUGUUUUCUAUCAGAAAUAUUGCUUUAGUAGAAAAACGACAGGUGAUCUUUUUGUUGUAUUUUGGAUCUAAAUGCUCAGUGAGAAAGUUGUUUUUAGAUUUUCCAAGUAGUUUUCAUAAUAAUUAAAAAAACGAAUAAUCGGAAAAAAUGUAUAACAGGAAAAUUUUCGAAAAUAAUUGUAACUUUUAUGUUCAAAAUAUUACAAUUUAUAAUUUGUUUUUAUUUUUUAAUUUGGCACAAACAUUUAAAAGUAAUAUAAUUAAACACAAUAAUUUAAACUAGAGGACAUAAUAUAAGGAGAUCCAAUUUCUUCUAUUAUCGUUUAAAUCGUGAAUAUUUAUUUUCUUUGCAUUAUCUGAAAUUCUGCUGUAUGUCAGUUACAAAUAGCAAACAUUUUAUGAAUGGAAAAAAAAAAGUUCUUAGAAGCAUUCGGCGUGACCGGAGUUUUGAACACAAAUUUCGUAUUGUUCUUUAUUGCAGUAUUUUGUACUUGUUAUUCCAUACCAUAUAUCUGUAUUAAAGAGUGUGCUCUGCGUUAUAUUAGAUUGCCGCCCGUGAAUAUUUUCUAUAGAUAUAAUACAAAACCUAUACCGAAUAAUAUAUUCCUCAAUCAAGAAAGGAUUUUGGAGUAUACACUAUACACGCAUAUAACUACGGUAUUUUUCUCCGUUCUUUUUUUUACGAUGUGAAAUAAAAAAUAAAUAAAUUACUAUAUAUAUAAAUAUAUACAUACUAUGUACAUAAAAUAAUAAAUUAUAUUUUAUAAUGGUAAACAAAAAUGUAUAUACAUAAUAUAAUAUUUUAUUUUUUUAUUUUUUUACUAUAAAUAUAAAUUUUGGAUAAAAUAUGUAUCAAACAAAAUAAAAAAAUAUUAUACAUUAUUAUAUUAUCAUGAUCACUAGGUAUAGAUUUUUGGACUAAACCUAACUUUCUAAGUGUUACUGCUGGGUAGCUACUCUUCAAGCUCUCAUUUCUUGUAUAUUUAUAUUUUUUGUUCAUGUUCCUAUGCUUAUUGUAACUUUAUUGUGCCUAUAAACCUACAUAAAAUAUUUUCAUUAAUAAACUCAAAGACUUGUAUACUACUUACGGAGGUACACAUAUCAUCAGCGGCCUAUCUCUACAGCUGUUUUUUGUUUGUUUGGUUAUUAGGCGCAUCGCCCACUAUGCGGGACACCGGUCGUGGCUUGCGGGCCGAACAGUGGGCCAGAUUUUGUGGUCGGUACAAUUGCGCGGACGCCAUCGAGAAACUCGCCCGCAACCGACUGCUGGAACGGACAACGUCGUACGGCCGGUGGGGUAGCGAUCCGGAACUAGGCCCACACAUGCUUAUCAACGGCAGGCUAAUGCAACCGCCCGCUGCCGCCGCUGUGUCAAUCCAUCGGUCCGCCACCCAACAUCACUCGAUCAAAUCCAAGCUAAAGCGAGCGUUCCGAACGUCGUCCAAUCCCGACUCGACCGGCACGGCCAACCAAUACUCGCUGGUGUCGCAGCUGACGGGUGCCGCCUUGUGCGCCAGCAGCCCGGCAUUGCCCGUGCACACGCGUGCCAAGCCCAUCGUCAAGUCACUGCUCAGACCGUUGACCGUGCCCAAAGUGACCGUCACCGGGUUACAAGAUCAGCAGCAGAUGCCGGCGCUGUCGCCAAACGGUGCCGAUUCCCGGGGCAAGAAACAGAAGAAUAAAAAACGAUGAUGGCGAUGUUUAUGUUGAUAACGAACCGGUUACGAUUUAUUAUUAUACUAUUACUAUUAAUUAUUAUUACUAUUACAAUUAAUUAUUUAUUAUUAUUGUUAUUAUUACAUUAUGAAUGGGCUACGAGUAUACGUAGGUAUACAAAAACCAAAUCGUCCGCACGGACGGAUUUUGUAUAGCUGACCGACUGUUUUUUAAUGUUAAUUUUUAGACGAUUGCAUUUGAUUAAUCUGGUUUAGACUAGUAUUAAAAGAUCUCUCGGCGUUUUUAAUUUGAAAUCUAUAAUCUUUUAACAAUAAUAAUAAAUUAUGUUCCAAUACUCAGUAGUGUAGGCGCUUAAUUAUAAUUUACACAUAGGACUUCAGAUUUUCGGGUCUCUGUAGUAAAUAUUUUUGCGAGCCCUUAAUUGGGGGAUGAGCAAGAAAAAAAAUUAUAAUAAAAAUAUGUAAAUCACACGUAGAUAUCAGUAAAACGUAGUUAGAUAGACAUGUAACUGUAUUUUCUAUUUUUCUUAAUUUAUAAGUAUGGGUGAGUAUACUUGGCAUUUUUUUUCUUUUAUAUAUUAAUAUGAACUAUAAAGUUUAUUGUAGACGUUCAGUAAAAAAAAAAAAAGUACUCUACAGAAUUUUUAAAGUGGGAAAAGUGGUUCUUGUAUAAAUAGAAUUUAUACAGUACCUAUAUAAUAUUAUAUAAGUUAAAGUGAUAUAGGGAGAAUACUGCAGAGUUUACGUGCAAUGUUGAAAUGUUAAAAAUUGCUAAUGUCAAGUUCUAUACCGAAUAGCGGUAAACAACAUUACGGUUCACACCAAAAAAAAAAAAAAAUAAAAUAGUUCCAUUAAACCGCGGUAUAUAGGGGAAUGUAAGUCAAUAACUGCAGAAAUCCUUUCGGGUAUUAUUUUCCAUUACUUUUUAUUCUGGAUAAAUAAAUUUACGUUAUUUUGUGUAGCAAAACAUAUACUUUGACCUUUGUCCUUUUUGCCACAAAAUUAUACCGUGUAAAAUAUAUAAUAUGUUAUGGCUUAAGCUUGCAUUAAGUGUACUGCACUUUAUUAUUACUGUAACUCGCCAACCAAUGUUUACAAUUACCUAUACCUAUAGUUAGAUUUGGACUAUUUCCGCUAAUAUAUCGGUAGUUUCAUUGUUAUUUGAUGAAAGUAAUCAAUUAUAUACCUAUGCACUAAAUAUCAACACUAAUACGUACAGAUUUGGUUUAAAUUUUAAAUAUUUUAAAUUCUUUACUCUGAUAUAGAGUUGGUUUUUUUUAAUUUUUGUUUAACUACAUGCAAAGUAUUAUUGUUCGAUGUGAUGGAAGGAGGGUAGAGAGAAUAAAAAAAGAGGACAAUUUAGAUAAAAAAUUGUUUUUAGUUUUGAUCGAAAUCAAGGAAAUAUUCAAAACUAUUUAUUUUUGAAAAUCAAUACCCGUAGCUAUGUACUUGCAGUUUAUUUACCCGCAGUUUUAUUUUUUUUUUAUGCAAACUCAAACGAGUGUAUUGUAAUACAUAAAAUAUUAUAUCAAGUUCAAUUUAACCAGUAAAACGGAGUGUUUACAAGGGAUGAAAGUUAGAAUGCAACAUUCAUGUAUGUUAAUAACAUUUGAAGGGAAGUAAAUUUAAAAAACAAAUAUAUUUUCAUUAUAACACUGUAUUAUUUAGAUUACGCCUUAUAUUCAGAUUAUGUAUAAUUAGUUGUUUGUUGUACCUGUAGUGCUCAUAUUUCAUUUUAUAUUAUCCGUAGCAUAAUAGGAUACAACUAAACAGUACUACACAAAUACUAGGAAAAAAAAAACUAAAAAAAAGUCACUCGGAAAAUAAUCGCAUAUUCCCGUAAAUUCGUAUUAUAAUAAUGUCCCAAUAGUGGAACGAAAGAAACUAAAAUAAAAGUACCUAUAGUGAAUUUCACGUUUAUUAAUAAGAUACAGAUUAAAUUGAUAUAAUGUUAAGCAAAAUCAUAAAUGUAUUUAUAUACCGACGAGUCCUUUCUUUUCCUGGAGAUUUAUUCCGAGUGACUCUUUUCUCGAUUUCUAUACGCAUAAAUACAAACAACACAUAUACAUAACAUAUUAUUACGCAUAUUAUACAGCAAUUAUACUUGAUACAUUAUAAAUUAUAUUAUGUAUAUUAUAUAAGUAAAGCAACUAAAAAAUAACCCGAAUUUCCGAUUAAUAUGAAGUUCUCUAAACUUUAAGUGGUGCUCCUCUAUACUCGAUUUCCAAAUUUCAUUUUUUAGCUUAUAAAUUAACAAUAUUAUACUAAAACUACAUAUUUUUUUUUUUUUUUUUACUUGUUGCAUUUUUUAUAUUUUUGUAUUUCUUUGUUAUUCUUGUGCGUAUACCAUUGCGACGUGGAUAUUAACUAAUGUAUUAUAGUUUCAUAACUUUGUAACUUCAGAGUUAUUUAGUUAAUUAAUAAGAUCUUAUCGACUUAAUACGGAAAAUAUUUACCGAUGAUAUCCUGUGUUAAUUAAUUUUCCUAAAUUUUGCGUCAUGAACACCGAUUAUUUCUCAUUAAUCUAUGUUUAAACUCGUUAUUAUCGCAUUUAUACAACAAUAUAAAUUAUUUAUACCUUACUACCUAUAGGUACCUAGUAAAAUACAUAUUUACUUCGAGGAGUAAAUAGGUAUUUUUUUAAUAUUUUUUUUCAUAAUAUCGUAUAAGUAUGUUUCAAAUUUAUAACUAAAUAUACAGUAGAAAACUAGAUGGAUUUACUAUAUAUUAGCGAUUUAUUAAUGGAUUGUUAUAAUAAUAUUAACUAUGAAUGUUUAAACAUUUUUCAUCUUUACGAAAACCAUACAAAAUAUAAUUAUGAUUAUCCAAUUGUUUGAAAACGUCUAUGAUAGAUUGUUAUUUUUCUCAACGAUUAAGACUCUCUUUCAGUUAUUAUUCGAUACAUAAAAUAAUAUUACAAUAUAUUGUCGGUUUUAAAUUUAAUGUAAACUUUAUGCAAAAUAUUUUUCCAUUGCUGUUGUUAUACAUAUGUUAUUAUUUAUUAAAAUUAUAAAAGUCAAUAAACCAUAUCAUAAAAAUGUUUACCUACUUUUUUCCGUUGUUAUAAUAUAGUAUGUAUAUAUAUAUAUUUUAUGUACACAAACUCCUAACGAAAAGAAAAAAUUGCUAGUUUUAAAUUACCUAUAUAGG